AUGCACUGUGCUGGUGAUGUCACACCCACCUCAGAUCUCCGCUGCAGACGAAAGCAGCGCCCUCUAGGGGCUCAGGUAAGUCCUGUCCUUUUUUUGUUUUACAAUAUUAUGUGGUCUCGUAACUAUUGGGCCCAUUUCCUCCAUUGCUAUUGGCUAUGCUGUAAGACAAAGAGUUGAAAACAAAAACAAAAAAAUACACACAUAUGUGUCAUUCAGUAGGAAACUUUUGCUUAUACCACACAAUAUUGUAAAACCCAAAAAAGAACGCUCCUCUUCCCUUCUGAAAUGGAGGUGGAAACGCAGAGUAGGCCCAUAGCUCACCACAUGGAACAGAGACUUCCUUCCAUGGAACAAGGAAUGGGGAAGUUGUGCUGACGCACAGUUAGGAAGCUGUGGGAGAUUCACUGCUCCCUCGCUCCUGCCACCAAGCGAUGGUUUGGCUUGGUGUUGUGUCCCAACCUGGGUUCGUGAUUGGUCUCACGUCAAAGGAAUCGCAAGCAGUAAGCCGAGAACAAAUCUCGGUUGCAGCUUGUGGUUUGUUUGGAGCGACACAAAGCCCAGCGUCGGGUUGGAACAUAGUGCUAAGCCCAACCUGUGCAGGUAGCGAAGCGGCUGCAGUUUUGUCACUGUGUGCCAGCAUGCUUGCUCGCUUGCCUUAAGCCAUAGUUUGCCCCAGCACUGUCCGGGAACCAGGCCAGUAUGUUAACACCAGCCUCCUUCAGCCAUGGAUGGAGUUCAAAUCAGUUAAACCGAGCUGAUGCAAAAUUUCUGCAUGUAGACACUGUGGUUGCUAAACAAGAGGCAUUUAGGCUGUUCUGGGAAUUCUGUCUCACUUUAUGUUUUUUAAACCAACACCAUUCAGCGAAGGAACACCUUCACCUGUGUGAAUUUGCACAAAAUCCCAGAAGACAUGAAACAUGUUUCUAACUGGAACAUAGAUGAGAUGCUGGGAAUACAUAUUCAGUCGUUUCUUAGCUGUCUCCCACUCCCAAGUUCGGUAUCAGGAUAGUCUCCUUAUCUGAUUGGAACAGGACAAAAAGGGGCACUUAAACUCCCCCCCUUGGGCAACUUUCUAAUUGAAAUUGCCCCCUCCCAGUCCAUUUCCCGCUGCUGUUUUGCCCAUGUAAUCCUAGAAGAUCCCUUGCUGUCUUACCUCGUUUGUCUUUCAUUUAAAAAAGGUGCUCUUUUCUUCAUUAUAAUGUACACAAAAUAAAAAUGAAGGAGACAACACCUACAAGCAGGCGAGGAGUCGUACAGGUGGAAAUGAGGCCUGAAAAAGUCUGAAAUAGACACAACGGGUGUGUAGGCAAAUGUUGGGGAAGGUGGGGCAGGACCCCUCUCCAAAAUAAGCCACAGAAUGAAACUAAGCUCUUCCAUGUCCACUAGCAGUGGUUUAAUUUUGCUGGUAUGUUUUGGAUUAGACCUCAGGACCUCUAAGGUUUGCAGGUCCACACCGGCCACAUGGCUGCCACUUUCUUCUCAUCUCCUCUCCUGCCCCACCCAUAGUGACGUGACCCUCCGCUUUUGUGUGGGUGUUGGUGGUUGGGAGGAUUCUGCAAGUGCCAUCUUAGGACGGGCCGGGCACGAGAUGCCCUACUAGGCUUCUUGCCUGAUGACAAAGCUCUGAGUUCAGCCUCUGGCCUCCAGAUACUGUAUUUUGAAUGACAGCUCCCUGAUAGGAGUUGCCUUAGACAGCCAGGACCUGAAGCAAACCUUGGCCUGAGACCGGCUUUUGUUGGCGAGGCUCUUAUCUGCAGCAGAGAGUGCCAACGAAGGGUGAGACAUGCCCACCAGCACAGCGCAGAAGCUUUGUGGUGAUCGGUAGCUGGCAGGUGGGGCUGCCUCGUGUUUUGGGGCAGGGAGCAUUGAGGUUGACAAGCCUGGGCCUGUAUGUUGGUGCAUGUUGGUGCUUGCAAAAGGGAGCUUGCUUAGGGUUGGCUGACAUGUCAGGCAUUAGGGGUUCUUGUUAGGUGAAGGUUGCUUAAAGUAAGCAAAUGGUUCACAUCACAGAGCCAUAGAACUGUAAGGUUGGAAAGGACUCCAAGGGUCUAGCAGCUCAACGCCCAAAUCGUGGAUGUAAGUGAUGGCGAAUAAGCAUGUUCCCUUGCCUUUGAACUCUGCAAAGCCCUUUUUCAUUCUGUUUUGGGUUUUUUUGCCCCCGAUGUGCCUGCCUCAAACUCGGAGAGCUGCUGCCUACCCGUGGAGACAACACUGAGCUCUCACACCCCCUUCUCGACCAUCUGCCUAUCCCCUGUCAUAUGACUCUUGCUUCUGCCCCUCUUCAAUUCCUCCCCCCCCCCCCAUGGUUGUUGAUUGCUUUCUCAAGGAUCUUGCCAGUACUGGGACAACUAGGGGUUUUUUCUUGCUAUGGCGCUGUGUGUUUGUCCAUUGUUGAGAAGCUACUUCUCUUUGCCUUCUAAUUGCAAAUCGCACUUGUAUGUAACACAUGCCCCCUUCUUUGGGGUCCUGCAGAACAAUGGUUGGAACUUUCUGGAGAGGGGUGGCUGACCCUCUUCUUUCUAAGGGACAAAAUUCAGCCUUGGAAAAGCCUUUGGGGGCUACAUGCUACUGAUGGAUGUGACCUCACACACAAGCACACAAGAAACCCAGCUGCCCUCCUCAUCUUUGUGGAUCAGCUGAGGAGGGUUUUUCCUUUUCGCUCUUGCUCAUCAAAUGAUUCAUCUCAUGACGGGGGAGGGGGCAUAAUCAGGGUGCUCCACUGGGUGGAGAUAUUUUUGCCUACCCUAGAACUCUUUUUGCGUUUAUUUUUAUUUUUGCUGCCACUGACAAAAUUGGUGUGUUCUUACUGGAGAAGAGAGGAGAGGCAAUGGAAACAAAUUGCUUGGAAGGCUGAAUUGGGCCAGCUCUGAUCUAGAGCCUAGCCCGUCACAAACCUUUUUAGACAUGGAAGCCCAUGCCCCUUAGAGAGGUUGUCAGAGUCACACGUGGGGAAAGGCUGUAGCUCAGUGGUAGAUCAUCUGCUUGGUAUGCAGAAGGUCCAAGGUUCAAUCCCCAGUAUCUCCAGAUAGGGCUGGAAAUGCUUCCUGCCUUAAACCAUGGAGAGCUGCUGUCAGUCAGUGCAGACAAUACUGAAUGAGAUGGACCAAGGGUCUGACUCUGUACAAGACAGCGUAAAGGUUAUUGAUAGAUUGCAUUGUGCACUUGGUUUUGUUUUGUUACUUAUUUUAGUCUCCUUGCCUUUUGGGGUUUUUAUUCCUUGCUGUGUACUCCCUUCUUCACCCAUUUGUGCACCUGUAGCAAAAUAGACCUUCUUUUUGGGUCAGGGCUGCAGGCGUUCAGGUACUUGCCCAAAUGGCAGAUUUUUUAUUUUUUUGCUUAGGCAAGGAGAGCCAUCUUACUAGUGUUUUGUCCCGAGUAGUUUGGUGUUGCUGCUUUUGCAGUUUGGGUGUGAACGACUUCCAUGUCCGACCACCGUUAGCUGAUCGUGAGCAUUCAGCAGCAGCAAGGUUGGCCUCCUGCGACCAGCCUCGUUCACGGUUCCCCUUCCUCUCUCCUUUUUCGUUUAAGGGAAAUAGCGAGUCUGAGAGCGAAAGCCCCAAAAGAAGAGGCCAAAAGCAAAUGAAGAGAACGUAAGUUUUGAGGGCCCUGUAAAACUCUGCAUCCUUAUUUCUAUGAUUGAUUGAUUGAUCACAUUCUAAGCCACCACCUCAAGGUGACUUCCACAUAAGAAUAUUAAAAACAGCUAAGAACACAAAAAACAACAAAUGCAUUUAUAACAAGACUAAAACCCUAACAGGUUGAUCCUCAUUGUGAAGACCCAUUUGUCCAGCUGAGAAAACCAGUUGGAAGAAAAAUUUCAUCCAUUGAUUCCAGAAAGUACAGCUAGGCUGGAAGUGGGCUAUCAUAUCUCAGCAGGAAUGCUGUUCCACAAAACAUGGGCAGUCACACUAAACACCGUGCUCGCUGAGUUCCUUUUUCAGGAGGGUUCUUGCCAACCUUUUAUGCUUGAAAUGUUAAUCCCUCUUGAACAUAGUAGAAUCAUAGAAUUAUAGAGUUGGGAGGGACCACAAGGGUCAUCUAAUCCAACCCCCUGCAAUGCAGGAAUCUUUUGCCCAACAUGGGGCUCAAACCCACAACCCUGAGAUUAAUACAGCCACCCUCAAACUGGUACCCACCAGAUAUUGCUGGACUCCAACUCCCAUGAGCCCCAACCAACAUGGCCAGUGGUCAGGGAUGAUGGACAUUGUAGUCCAGCAACGUCCAGAGGGCAUUGCAAUGUAUUCUUCAUGUCCUCUGUGCAGCCCACAUAUGAAUUGUGUGUCUACUCAGAGCAACAUUUGUGGCAUUCUAGAGCAGAGGUAGCCAAUGCCAGGUCCUCCAGAUGUUGCAGACUACAGCUACCAUCAUCCCUGACCAAUGGCAAUGCAGGCUGAGGCUGGUGGGAGUUGUACCCCAUCAACAACUGGAGGGCACCACUUUGGCUAUGCCUGCUCUAGAGCAAAGGUGGCUAGCCUGUGAUCUUCCAGAUCAGGGUUUCCCAAACUUAGGUCUCCUCUCCAGCUGUUGUGGGACUACAACUCCCAUCAUCCCAAGCUAGCAGGACCAGUGGUCAGGGAUGAUGGGAACCGUAGUCCAAAAACAGCUGGAAACCCCAGUUUGGGAAACCCUGUUCUAGAUGUUAGACUCCAGCUCCCAUCAUCCCUGGCCAUUGAAAGUGCUGACUGUGGCUGAUGUGAAUUAGGGUUCAGAAAUAUCUGAAAAACUACAGGUUAGUCACCCCUGUUCUGCAGGGAAGCCAGUCAAGCAUUUUUAGGUGUGAUAGCCUAUAACAUGGGCUAUAUUGUUUUUAAUGUUUCGACCUUAAAUGUCUUUCUCUCCUUCUCUAGGGCAGGGGGAUCAUAUAGCCCUCCAGAUGUUUUCAAGCUACAGCUCCCACUAUCCUUUGAUCCAUUGGCCAUGCUAAAGUCUAACAAUAUCUGGAAGGCUACAGGUCUCCAUUCAUGCUCUAGAUGCAAAAGGGGACAUCUUCUGCAUAACAGUUGCACAGAAGAGAGAAUUUUGGAUGAUGCAACUUUUCCCUCACUCUGAAAGCCAAGAGCCCUCCUUGUUGUUGUGGUUUUGUUUUUAAAAAGGAAAAAAGGCAGGGGGAAAGUUCUAGCCAAAGGAGUGGUGGUAAUGUUUUUCAGUGCAGUCUUCCACCCAGGCCAAGCUGUGACCCGCUUUGGAGUGCUGAGCCCCUGGCUGAAGACCAGUAACUCUAUAUCAGUGGUAUUUCUUAGUGUAAUGGUCAGGAGGCACAUAGAGCACAUUAUCCUAAUGUGUAUAAUAGAGUAAAAAGAGAAAAAUCAAGUACAGUCGUACCUCUGGUUACGUAUCCUUCUGGUUACGUAAACUUCAGAAUACGUAAGCAGCAAACCUGGAUGUAUAUUUCUGGGUUUUUGCUGUGCACAUGCAGAAGCGGUCCCUCCGGUUGCGGAAACCCGGAGCUGCGGAACGGAUCCCAUCCGCAACCGGAGAUACCACUGUACAUAAAAACGCCAUAGAAUGAAAUAAAAUGAGUGUCAACAUUUUGCUCUGUUCGCAUCACAAACUCCAAAGAGGAAAAAUGGCAAAAUGUCUGGGGUCAGUUCCUGGUGGGUUUUCCCUUGCUUGCAGCUUAGUACUUGGCCGCACCGAGCGCGAUAGAUGCCUUUUGAUCUGAGAGGAGCGAAAGGACAUAAAACGCAUCCGAUCAUCCUGGCAGAUUUGACGAGAGGGGCUCUGCAAAUGUUUUGUUGCACGUCUCAGUAAAAAGGAGCAAAACAAGGAGGACCUUGGGUCACCGACUCAACUUCUCCAGAGCUGCAGGGGUGCUUGUGUUCCUGGCAUGUUGUGGUCUCCCUCCAGAACCGGACAUUAUAAUGAUAACCCUUGUUGGCGUUUUGCUUAUAAAUCUAGGGAACGAUGGAAGAGGGAGGGCUCUGAGGACGAUGGUGAGGAGGAAGACGGACAGGAACAAGGCACCAGCGCAGAAAGCGAACCAGAGCAGAAGAAAAUAAAAGCUCGGAGACCUGUCUUGAGGAGGUAAGAAGGGGUUGGGCGGGUGCUGCCUUCCUUGGGUUUUCCAUGCUUCCCUCACCCACCCAUAGACUCUGCUUCUGGGCUCUUUUAACAAUCAGCCUGACCUACAUAUAUGUUCAGGAAAUGAAAAUUUUCCUGCCCUUCCCUGGCUGGGCUUGAGGCUCCCAGGGGAGACUGGGCUUACCUCCCCCAAUCCUCAACUACUGCAGUUGGGCCCCCUUGCUCUCCCCAGCUCCUCUCCUCCCCGACACACCUCCCCUCAGUAGGAACCACCACCGACAACAACAACCCCACACAAAUACAAAAUGGUGGAAAACAAUUGUUGGGCUCCCAUUAGCCCCAGACAGCACAGUUAAUAGCCAGGGAUGAUGAGUGAUGUAGUCCCAACAACAUCUAGAGCAAACAUAGGCAAACUCUGGCCCUCCAGAUGUUUGGGACUGCAAUUCCCAUCAUCCCUGACCACUGGUCCUGUUAGCUAGGGAUGAUGGGAGUUGUAGUCCCAAACAUCUGGAGGGCUGGAGUUUGCCUGUGCCUUAUCUAGAGGGCACCAAGGUUGGGAAAGGCUGUCCUUUCUCAGCUGCUCCCUUUGUAUCCCACGGUCUCUAUAAUACACAACUUGGUCUGUUUUCAUGCUUGUUUUUUAGAGCAGCGAGCAAAGCCAUCGCGAAAAAGGUCCACAAGCCCCAGCGUGGGAAGAGGCGGAGGAAAACAGAGUCGUCUGAGGACGAAGAUGAUGAUGAAGAUGACGAGGCACCCAAAAGGCAGACGCGGCGCAGAGCAGCCAAAAACGUCAGGUAAUGGCGGGCAGGAGCCCUGGUGCACGGAGAACGACCAUUUCUAGAUUUGUAUAUGGGCAAAAGCAGACCAGUGUCUGCAUGUGAACCCCUGUGUUGUCUUCAGUCCUCUACUAAGAGUGUCAUCUUGAGAAAAUUCCCCAAAAAAUGUUAUAUUGAUGGUAUCUGACGCCUUGGAAAUUAUCAAAAAUGUACAAAAGUGUCCGAAAUAAUUGUUGGAGAUGUGGGGAACCAGGUGCCAAUAUGUUCCAUAUGUGGUGGGUGUGUAAAAAGAUUAAAAUAUUUUGGAGUGAUCUUUAUUUGGAACUAAAAAAAAAAAGUUAAAGGUAUCCCUUCUUAAACAAACCAGAAUCAUUUCUACUCGGUAUAACAGGCCCUGACAUUCCUCAGAACGUAAGAAAGGUUUCCCUAUAUGCUACAGUAGCUGCAGGAAUAUUUAUUGCUACACACUGGAAAAGUGAUAAAAUCCCCUCCAAAUCAGAGUGGCUAUUGAAAGUUGUAGAAUAUGCUGAGCUAGAUAACCUUUCAGAAAGGAUCAAAGAUAAGCCAAAGCAGGAGUUCAUCUCAAAUUGGGAAGUUCUCAAGAAAUAUAUUGAGAACAGCUGCUGUGACUUAAAUUCUGUAAUAGCCUUUGAAUAACCUCUGUAAAUAAUUUGUACAAAAAGAGAAUGAUACAAUUAUUUGUACUUUAUUACUAAACAAAUGGACAAAUCUAUGCAAUAGGUUUCAAGAGAACAAAAUAUGGAAAAGACGGGAAGUCUGACGCUUUGGAAGAAAAUUUAUUGUUAAAAUGUUAGUUUUUUCCCCUUUUUGUAUCAGUUUAUUGGUAACAAUGAACUCAAGUUUAUGUUGUACAGUUGUAAAUAAGUAUAAUAAAGCAUAAUGAAAUUUUUUAAAAAGAAAAAAAAAGUGGCCUCUUGAGGGAAUGUUUUGUGUAUCAAGUCGGAAGGUGCUUUACACUGAGUCAGAUCACUGGUCCAUGUAGCUCAGUACUGUCUACAUCAGUAGUUCCCAGUUAGCUAAGUACUGCAGACCCCUGUUUUUCAAAAGCGAAGCCAUGGCCCCCCUGCUUUUGAAGAUGUUUAUACAGUGGUACCUCUGGAUGCGAACGGGAUCUAUUCCGGAGCCCCGUUCGCAUCCUGAGUAGAACGUAACACACGACUGCAUGGGUUGUGUUUCGCCACUUCCGCGCAUGCACGUGAUGUCAUUUUGAGCGUCUGCGCACGUGCGAGCGGCGAAACCUGGAAGUAACACGGCCCGUUAUUUCCGGGUCGCCGCGGUGUGCAACCCGAAAAUGCUUAAACUGAAGCUACUUCAACCCGAGGUAUGACUGUACUUCUUUGGCAGUUUUUGUUAUGUGAAUGGUGCCACCAUAACCUCCAACACAUCUCAGCGCAAACCUGGGGCGCACUCCCAUGCAAUAGCGUGACACCCCAAAAAUGAGUGUUUUUGGGUGCCGCAGUCUCAUGUGAGUCGUGCGUCUUGCAUGUUUUGGGGUGCCGUGCUCUCAUGCUAAGUAGGACAGGGGACCCAACAUGUCAGUAGCCAUGGGGGUUGAACCCAGCACUGCCUUGUGACCUCACCACUCCAAGAGGGAUUGGAGCCCCACAGCACAGCAGAAUAUAAGCACAUUUGUUUAUAUAUAUAUAUAAAGAAAGAAAGAGACUUAUGCUGUUGCCUUUUUGGUCCUGCCCAAAGUUACAAGGAAGACGAUGACUUUGAGACGGACUCGGACGACCUGAUUGAAAUGACAGGAGAAGGGACUGAGGAACAGCAGGAUAACAGCGAGACCAUCGAGAAAGUGAUAGACAGCAGGGUGGGCAAGAAAGGAGGUGAGUGUCUAUAAGCAGGGGGCACCUGCCUUGUGCCAGUGGUCUCACUUGGUAUAUUUAGCUAAGCUUGGUCAACUCCCGACAGGGUGAUGCACAGGUACAGAUAGAACCCCCCCCAUGCAAUAGCGUUCAGCAAUAAAACAACAUAAACGCAAAAAACAGCAGUGCCAUUUAACCAACUGAAUUAUAAAACAAAAAACUUAAAACCAGCUGUUCAAUAUGCUGGAAUGUCUGGCCAAAAAAACAGAGGCUUCAGUUGGCUGUGAAAAAGACAGAUACCAAAUUGGGAUGAUUUUAGAAGGGGCCAAACAGACAACAGAGAAGGCGCCCGUCUGGUAUUUAAUGGGAGUGAGUUCCCAAGCAUUUUUGCAGGUUUGAAGUUUUCUCACUGCAAAACUCGCUUCUGCAGGAGGCCAUGAUGGCCACCAACUUGGACGGCUUUGAAAGUGGAUUGGGCAAAUGCACAGAGGACAAGGCUUUCUGUGGCUACUAGCCAAUGGCUACGCUCUGGUUGGAGCCAGAUGCUGCAAACCAAAGGGGUUGGUGGGGGAAGAGUGCUUUUGUGCUGCAUCCUGCUUGCUGGUUCCCCACAGGGAUCUGAGUUGACUCCUGAGAAAACAGGAUGCAGGACAAAGAUGGGCCAUUGCCCUGACCCGGCGGGCUCUUCCUAACGUUGAUUAACUUCUGCUGUCUCUUUGACAGCCACUGGCGCUUCCACCACUGUCUACGCGACAGAAGCGAACGGGGACCCUUGUGCCGACUUUGAUCCUGAGAAGGAGGAAGGGGAGCUCCAGUACCUGAUUAAGUGGAAAGGCUGGUCGUACAUCCACAGCACGUGGGAGAGCGAAGAUUCCCUGCAGCAGCAGAAGGUCAAAGGGCUGAAGAAGCUGGAGAACUUCAAGAAGAAAGAGGAUGAGAUCAAGCAGUGGUACGUCUCCUCUGUAUUCAGGGGUCCUCUUCCCUAGGAAGGACACUUGCGCGAAGCAGGAUGCAGGUCUAGCCACAUGGAGCGAGCUCCCACACCACUUCCAUGUUGGUGUACAUGGUUAGAAUGUUUGACUAGGACCUGGGAAACCAGGGUUCAAACCCCCACUUGGCUGUGAAGCUCUCUGAGUGACCUUGGCCCAGUCACGAUCCCUUAGUUUAGUUCAGCUUCACAGGGGUGGUAAAGGUAAAGGUAAAGGGACCCCUGACCAUUAGGUCCAGUCGUGACCGACUCUGGAGUUGUGGUGCUCAUCUCGCUUUAUUGGCCGAGGGAGCCGGCGUACAGCUUCCGGGUCAUGUGGCCAGCAUGAUUAAGCCGCUUCUGGCAAACCUGGAACACGGAAACGCUGUUUACCUUCCUGCCGGAGCGGUACCUAUUUAUCUACUUGCACUUUGACGUGCUUUCAAACUGCUAGGUUGGCAGGAGCAGGGACCGAGCAACGGGAGCUCACCCCGUCGCGGGGAUUCUGAUCGGCAAGUCCUAGGCUCUGUGGUUUAACCCACAGCACCACCCGCGUCCCUUCUCACAGGGGUGUUACAUGAGGAUAAAAUGGAGGGCAGGGAGCCUGCAUGUCGCUGUGAGCUCCCUUGGAGGAAUUGUGGGAUCAGCUCUCAGUGUCACGCCUGAAGUGGGUGUAACAUCCCCCCCCGCUUCCAGAUAUGAAAUUCGGGCUCUGAACGCUGCUCUUGAUUGAAACGUGCUUCAGCUUUUCAAGUGGCUUUAAAAUCUUCAUGGAAUAGUUUGGGCAGGAUAGCGCUCGGAUGCUCUGGCUCUCAUGGGUCGCCAACCUUUGGGGGCCAAUGUCCACAUUCGGAGUUUUAAGGGAGUGCCAUGGGUGCCAGUCACAAGAUGGCAGCCACGGGGUGUGUGGCAUAACACAAAAUGGCUGUCGUUGGGGGCAGGCACAAUGCAAGAUGGCUUCCGUAGGGGUGUGGCAUAAUGCAACAUGGCUCCUCUGGGGCCGUGGCAUAACACAAGAUGGCUGCCACAUCUGAAAGAGCAGAAAAAGAGAGAAGGACACAAAAUGGUGCAAGACUACCAAAUCAAACACACUCAUUGAUGAGGAGGAAAGGCACCUAUUGUCAGCCACUGCUCUUACAGAAAGAAGCUCCUCUUCUCUGUUUAGAAUAGAAGAGAGGGUGGACGUUCAGUUUUGGCACCCAGUAGAAACAUGGUCACGUUUAAGAGUGUGUGUUCAAUGUAAGGGAGACUUGAGCCAGUGCAAACAGGAACUGAGCAGGAAGAGCAAACAGUCUCUUUCACAUUGUGGAUUUUUGAGGAGUUAGGUUUGGAGACCUUUUGUGGGCACCUCAGGGCAGAACAUUGGCAGCCUCCUGUUCUAGCUUUUACCUGCACUCACUCUGCAAAGGGCCUUUAUCUGUCUCUUUCCUGCACAGGCUGGCAAAGGUGACUCCCGAAGAUGUGGAAUACUAUAACUGCCAGCAAGAGCUGGCUUCCGAGUUGAACAAACAGUACCAGAUAGUGGAGAGAGUGAUUGGUGAGUCCAGAGCUCUGUGUUCGCCCCAAGUAUGCCACUGAAUGCUAGUUACCAGAGUCGCAGGUGGGGAGAGAGUGCUCUUGCACUAGAGUCCUGCUUCUGAGCAUCCAGUGGAUGCCUUUAGCCACUGUGAGGACAGGGUGCUGGACCAGAUGGGCCCCCUUUGGCCUGAUCCAUCUUCAGGGCCCUUCUUACAUUCUUUUGAUGGUCUUCACAGUUCUACAUCGCUUUAUUUAUUGGUGCUGUUCUGUUCUUGAUACGCAGCUGUGAAGACGAGCAAAUCGGCAAUCCCUGGGUCUGAAUUUCCAGGUAACUUUUAACGCUUUUAAUGGCUUCACUGAAACAACCACACCAGUUUUUUCAGAAGGGGCCUCAUGUAGGGUAGCACCUGUCAAAGAUGACACCAGGCCUUUCCUGUUUUGUUGUUUUGUUUCAACACCUGUAGCUCACAACCGCAAAUCCUCCUCCACCGAUCCCGAAUACCUUUGCAAGUGGAUGGGGCUUUCGUACGCAGAUUGCAGCUGGGAGGAUGAGGCCUUGAUAAGCAAAAAAUUCCAGCACUGCAUUGACAGCUUCAACAGCAGGAACAACUCCAAAACGAUGCCCACCCGGGAUUGCAAGGUUCGUCUGCUUUUCCUUUACCUCUCUGGACUUCAUUUUGUCCACACACACACACAAAAUAAAUUUGAUUUCUCUCCAGUGGACAGUCACCAGCUGGAAAACCCACAUGCUUUCCUUCAUAAAUGUUGGUGAACCUUUCAACUAUGCGAUGCACUUUUUGCAAUGAUGAUGAUGAUGAUGAUGAUGAUGAUAAUAAUAAUAAUAAUUUUAUUAUUUAUACCCCGCCCAUCUGGCUGGGUUUCCCCAGCCACUCUGGGCGGCUUCCAACAAAAUAUUAAAAUACAGUAAUUCAUCGAAUAUUAAAAGCUUCCCUAAACAGGGCUGCCUUCAGAUGUCUUCUAAAAGUCAUAUAGUUGUUAAUUUCUUUGACAACUGAUGGGAGGGCAUUCCAAAGGGGGGCACCACUACCAAGAAGGCCCUCUGCCUGGUUCCCUGUAGCUUCACUUCUCGCAGUGAGGGAACCGCCAGAAGGCCCUCGGUGUUGGAUCUCAGUCUGGGUGGAGACGCUCCUUCAGGUAUACUGGACCGAGGCCGUUUAGGGCUUUAAAGGUCAGCACCAAGACUUGGAGAACCUACAUGGAGAACCUGAUUGCCCUUUCCAACUUUCAAACCCUUCAGUUUUAUUCAGUUGACCAAGAGUCGAUUAUCUUGCCUUCCCAGGUGCUGAAGCAGAGGCCUCGAUUCGUUGCCUUGAAGAAACAGCCAGCUUACAUUGGUGGUGAGAACCUGGAGCUCCGAGACUACCAGCUGGAAGGCCUCAAUUGGCUGGCUCACUCGUGGUGCAAGUAGGUGAAAGGAAGUUGGCUGGAGGGAUGAUUGGGUUUGAACUUGAGAGUGAAUCCAAGCUUUUCGGGACCCUUUUCCUUGGCUUUCCCCAGUGUUGUUCAACCUGGGCUGGUGGUGGUGGUUCACCUGCAAAUCACAGGCAUCCUCUGUUGUCAUCAGAAUGGGCGGGGGGCUGCUUUAUCCUAAGUCAGACCUUUGGUCCAUUUAGCUCAACGUUGUCUACACUGACUGGCAGCAUCUCUCUGGGGGUUUCAGAACAGUGUGUGUAUGUCUUUCCCAGCCGUAUCUGAAAAUGGCAUGGAUUUAACUUGGGACCUUCUGCAUGCAGAGCAAAUGCUUUGUCACAGAGUUACAGCCCAAAGCCCAGAUUUGGGAUGUGUUCCUAUCCAUGCCUAUGGUCCACUUAACUUCACCUUUUGUUGUGCCCCUGGCAUGCGGACCUGGGAGGUUAGCUAUGGAGGAGUGUGGCCCUCCAGCUGAGAAAGAUCCCCCACCCCUGAUGUAGACAAAUGCUGAGCUAGAUAGUCAGCUUCCUUUGCGAUUACCCUUCUGAAGCAUGUACAUUUCUGAAAAAUCUACUGCUUCUGUAUAUUCAGUGACUGGGGCCCAUUUAUUUUUUUUAAUAGUUACCCACUGAACAGAGUUGUUGUUUUUGGGAUAUAAUUAUUGGAGGUGGAUGGGAAGUGUCUGCCAUUUCCUGAGCUCUUUGCAGGAUCGUUUGGAUAAAAAAGCAAUUAAUAAACGAACUAGAAGUACCUGCCAAAUGUGCAAAUCUGUUUUCUUAAAAAAGAAAAGAAAAGGAGACUUUGACCUGUGCUGAGAACAUUAUAUAGUUGUUAAAAGUUUUUUUUUUUUAAAGUAGGCAUGAGACAUGCUCUUAAAGGGAGAUGCCCUCUUCCCCCAAAUCUGUAAUACUAAUAUACUGUUUCAUCUGAUGAGAAACGCAGGCUAUUCCCAAAAGAAUGUUCUUAAGGUACUUUGCAUUUUUGCAAUGCAAUCUUUAAUAUAACUUUAUGGAGGUCUUGGAAGCCUCACCAUGACCCUGCUAAAAUCUCUUCCCUCCCACUUUCCCUUUCCUGGAAAGCAAGAAAUGGCUCCUCUGUCUAUUGGCUUCGUCAAUAGGAAUCAGUUGGUGGAUUUAUUGUGGAUUCUUUUACGCUGCUACUCAUGUGUGCAAGAUUCUUGUGGUAUCCACACGAUGUUGUCCUCAUCAAAAUGUUUCUGCAGAGUUGGGUUAAAACAAAAAACCCUUUCUGUAUUUUCCACGAAAACAGUAAAUCUGAAUUAAAAGAGGAAAAUAAGUAGGACAAUGUUUUGAUUAGGAUGACAUGCAUGAAGAAGCAGCAUAAACCUUCUGGCUUAUACCAGAAAGGCGUUGGAAGUGUGAGCUGACCAGUGAGUCAUGGGCAUUGAUCGUUUCCUCCUCUCCUCUCCUGUGUCCUUUCAGGAGCAACAGCGUCAUCCUGGCAGAUGAGAUGGGCUUAGGGAAAACCAUCCAGACCAUCUCUUUCCUCUCCUACCUCUUCCAUCAGCACCAGCUGUACGGCCCCUUCGUGAUCGUGGUGCCCUUGUCGACGCUGACCUCCUGGCAGAGGGAGUUUGAGAUCUGGGCCCCGGAGAUCAAUGUGGUCGUCUAUAUCGGAGAUCAGAUGAGCAGGAACGCUGUAAGCUACAGCCCAAGAAGCUGGGUUAACAGAGAACGUGCAAAUGGGAUCGUAUCUCGGGGUGGGUUUUGCAAACACAGGGUCAAAAAAACUCAGCAUUCCUGAAGGACUGGGCUGCCAGUGCAUUGAACAGAUAAUUACUUUUGUAAAAACUACAAACUGUUUCAUGUCAAUGUGUUUGGCUUUUCUAAAGAAGUAGUAAUGCAAAGUGAAGGUUGAAUCUCCUCCCCAAGGCAAGCCUAUAUUGACUGUGCAAUCAUUAUUUCUCUUUUCUCCUUAUUUGUAUUCCCCUUAUUUGUAAGAAAGUGCUGAAGCCCCACUAGAAAUCUUGGCAUACAUUCAAAUGUGGGGAAUAUUGCAUUAGUUUUCCUCACUACCAUAUUGGCCUGAAUAUAAGCCGUACCCGCAAAUAAGCUGCGCCUUUAAAAUUCAAGGGGGGGAAAGAAAAGAAAAAGACAACAACCUGAAUAUAAGCCGCUCCCUUAAAAUUGGGUUACAGGCUGAAAAUUGCUGUGGUUGGUAGAAUUGUAACUCCGAGCCAAUUUUAAGCCUUUGAUCUUGCAAGCCUGAAAAAGUUAUCGUACAAUCGCUAAAAUCGCAAAUCGCUAUUCGAUUGCUGUCCGCAGGCACUCACACCCGUAAAUGGCCAAUGUAGAAGAAAACCCUACGGGUUAAUUGCACAACAGUCUCAAGCUCGCAAACCAGCAAUAAAACAUUUUUUUCUUCUGUUUUACCGUAUGUCUGUUUCAGCAGUGAUAUCAUAAAAGCCCAUUUUUGUAAGGUCACAAAUUUAAGCUGCACUUUAACUUCACAGUUGGAAUUUGGAAGAAAAAAAGUGCGGCUUAUAUUCGGGCCAAUUCGGUAUCAUGCUAGCACUGCUUUCCUUUCACACUGAUGGAGCAGCUGCUUUGCAUGCCGAAGGUCCCAGGUCCAAUCCUUGGCCUCUCUGGGCAGAGCUAGGAAAGACUCCCAUCUAAGAACGUGCCUUGCAGAUGAAGCUCAUGCCUGAACUUUUGCCUCCUCCUCAGAUCCGUGAGUAUGAGUGGAUCCAUGCGCAGACCAAGCGGUUGAAGUUCAACGUGCUCAUCACAACGUACGAGAUUCUCCUGAAGGACAAGGUGAUUGCGUAGGCGAGGGCAGGACUGUUGUCUUUCUCCGUGGAAACGGGCACUCCUUCGUAUACCACUGGUGACAAGAACCUCCUCCUUGUUUUCAUUGGCUCUCCUCUUGCAAAACAUCUGUGUUCAAUGGUACAUCUUCAGCUUAAAAACAGGGCAUGUUAAAUGAAUUGCGGAGCAAGGAUUUUAACCUGGGUCUUCCGGGCCACAAGGGACUCUGAUUUGUUAACGCAGCUUCCUUCUCUCCAUGCAGCUCCUUCCUGGGUUGCAAUACUUGGGGGGCCAAGUACCCUCUGUAAAAGGCGGCUUGCUUGCUUUGUGUCCUUCAAGGCACCAUAGAUCUCCUCCUUGCUCCCAGAGACACAGCACUUAAGUUUUGCCCUGCUCUGAAGUUGCCAUUCAGACAUGGAGGAUAAGGCAGCUAGCCAUGAUGGCUCUGCUCUGCUGCUACCAUCAGAGGCAGUACAGUUCUGAAUAUGCUGGAAGGGGAGAGUGUGCUCAUGUGCUUGAGGGUAUCCAGCUUUCCUGAAAUGGGAAGGGGGCAGGUCUCAGCGGCAGAGCAGAUGCAGAAAAUCCCCAGCUCAAUUCCUGGUAUUUCCAGUUAAAAAACAAGCUGGUUUCAGAGGAUGGGAAAGUUCUCCUUCUGCCCAAGACUACAAGGAGUUGCUACCAGUCAGAGUAGACAAUUCAGAGCAGGAUAGAACUGCUGUUGGUAUGUGGGCAGAGUGUGUAGCCUAGAACUUCCCCCAGAAUCCUCUGCAACACACUGUGGCUCCACCUGCAUUAUAAAGCAGUAUCCUAUCCCUUUAAACAGUCAGGACUUCCCCCUAAAGCACCCUGGGAACUGUAGUCUGUUAAGGGUGCUGAGAGUUGUUAGGAGACCCCUGGUCCCCUCACAGAGCUACAGUUCUCAAGAGUUCCCUGGGAAGAGUGACAGAUGGUUAAACCAUUCUGGGAAUUGUAGCUCUGUGAGGAUAGUAGGGGCUGCCUAACAAUUCUCAGCACAAACUACAGCUCCCAUGAUUCUUUGGGAGAAGCCGUGGCUGUUUAAAGUGGUAUCAUAGUGCUUUAAAUGGAGACGGGGCCUGCAAUCUUCUGGGGGGCCAGUGUGCAGAGUUCCUUUGGCAGAUGUGGAAAAGAGCUUGCCGGAAAAGCUAGUAGGUUUGAAAAAGACCUUGUUGAUGUGUUGCUCUAGACCGUUCUGGGGAGCAUUAACUGGGCCUUCUUGGGUGUGGACGAAGCGCAUCGCUUGAAGAACGACGACUCCUUGCUGUACAAGACGUUGAUCGACUUCAAGUCGAACCACCGGCUGCUCAUCACUGGGACGCCCCUUCAGAAUUCUCUCAAAGAGCUCUGGUCCCUGCUGCAUUUUAUCAUGCCGGAGAAGUAAGCCUCCUUACUAUACAUCAAAAGUUACACCUGCCUCCAGGGCAAAUGGAGCACAAAGGGCGCAGAGCGGUGGGAGCAUGAGAGUUUGGAAGAAGCUGUGGGGGUAUGUGUGUGUUAUGAGAUACUGCAGAGGGAGCCACCAAAAGUGCAGGGAUGGGUUUUCUGAGCAGUCUCUUAAGCCUUCCUUCCUUUGUUCCUUUUUUGGAAAGGGCUCCUAGACCCUAAGGUCAAAAGUGAACUUGCAUGCUUCUAAUCCUUAAUUCAGCAAGAGUUGGCUUGAAAGGACAUUGCCAGUGGCAGCUUUUAACGUGGCUGGGCAGAGAGCUCCGUACCGGGCAGGGGGCUCUGUAUAGAGUUCCUUGCCCCCUGCCCCCCAUGAUUAGCAGCAGAAGAAAAAUAGAGAAUAAGAUAAAAAAAAGAGAUGCAAAUGUACUCAACAGAGCUCCAGUUCUUCCAAGCACAGAAAAUGGCAUAGGGGUUUGUGGCUGAGUGUGAGUGCAUGCAUGGACAUGGGUGUGUGUGUGCGAGCAUGUGCCCAGGUGAGUGUGGAUCCAAGUGUGUGUGCCUGUGCGUACGAGCAUGCAUAUAUGUGAGUGUGCAGACUCGGGGAGGAUCCCCAGCACCUGCCCCUUUCAUCUCCACCCUGCAGCCUCUUUACUUCCUUGCCAACACAAAGUGAGAAUCUGCUGCAGAUGGUUUUGAAAGCAAUUCUGUUCUGAACCUGCAAACUAGUGCAGAAUUUGGGUAGCCUUUGAUAUGUUUUGAGGGUGGGUGGGUCAGAAAGAGGAGGAAGAGGGAGUCCUGCCAGCUCAUCUUCACCGCCCCUUUUUUGUGCCCUGUUCUCACUGUCAGGUUUGAGUUGUGGGAAGAUUUUGAAGACGACCAUGGGAAAGGGCGCGAGAACGGCUACCAGAGCCUCCACAAAGUCUUGGAGCCAUUCCUCCUGCGCAGAGUGAAGAAGGACGUGGAGAAGUCCCUCCCUGCCAAAGUGGAACAGAUCCUGCGGGUGGAGAUGUCUGCCUUGCAGAAACAGUAUUACAAGUAGGUGCCUGGUGUCACGGCCAGGACUUGCCAGAGGCUGUGCUGCAAGAAAGAUUCUCAGUACACCUCAAUGCACCAUGGGGAAUAAGAUUAUUAGAUAAAGGCCCCUGUGAACCCCAAUAUCACCCCACAACCCGAAGAGGUUGCCUGAUGUAUCUCUGUGUGAUUUAUCCUUUCCCCAUCUCUGCAUGUCAUUUGGAGCAUUUGUUUCCCUCCUGAUGCAAAGAUGGAGUAGCAUUAGCUACCCACAGGAAGUUCUCUGUUGCAUCUCUGCAUGAGUCACUGCUAGAGUCCUAUCUGGGCCAGUGACUCGUGUAAGAGCACAGGAGCCAGGUUCCUCCAAUAGUAAUAGGUUUUGCUCCUGGCAUCCUCUUUGCCAGCCUGGGCACCCUCCAGAUGUUUGGGCCACAAGUUCCACCAGCUUCAGCCACCUGUGGUCCAAACUGUCUGAAGGGUAGCAGGUUGACAGCAGCACAAAACCCUUUCAGCUUUACAAGUGGCUUCCCAAGUUUUAAUUCAAAACCAAUGAGUCCCUCUGCUUUCUAGAAGACACGGGGUUUGUGUAACGUCAGGCUGUUUAAAUUGCAAGUGGCAAAAGCUGCAUUGUGGAUGUCCUUAAAUUCCAGGACCAUUAGAAAGCAGGGAAUGCCUUUCAUAGUUAUAAGUGAAAUCUGCUGCAAAAUGCAGCAGUAUGGAGUUUGCCCGGUCAGCCACACCCUCGUCCAGGAUACUCCAUUCCAUUCUCCCCUGCCCCCCUUUUAUCCUCCCAUGAAAUUUCUGUGUUCGUGGCACUUUCUCUGUUUUCAUAGUUCUCAUUUGGAGGGCCCUCCCGCCACCUCAAAUACCUUGAGGGUUUUCCUCCUAAAUAUUAUCUUUUGUACUUUUGCAAACCUCCUGGUGAUACCUUUGCUUUGAGCAUGAUUGCUACAAUUGUGGCUGGAUUCAGGACCUAUGCUCACAUAUGAUUUCCUUACUUCCCUUGUGCUCAGUCUCUGUGAACUUGCAGCACACCCACUUGGUUAGGAUCGUCUCCCCAAGUCCCCUUAUUAGCCAGCCUUGGAUGUAACACAGUUGGGAGUUCAUGUCUCCUGACGCCCCGUUCCCGGUUUGCUCUGCAGGUGGAUUUUAACACGCAACUACAAAGCGCUCUCUAAAGGCACGCGCGGGAGCACGUCCGGCUUCCUGAACAUCGUGAUGGAGCUGAAGAAGUGUUGCAACCACUGCUAUCUGAUCAAGGCCCCCGAGGAGAAUGAGAGGGAGAAUAGGCAGGAGCUGCUGCUGGUGGGUAACGUGGAGGGAGGGAGGGAGCACAUUGGCCCAUGUGCUGGUUACAUAAGCCUGGGGUGCGGCUGCAUUCAGAAUGGUGCUGCACAGCCGCUUCACUUCAGCAAGGUCUUGCAGAGUUGGAGAAGGGUCAGAAAAGGGCAAACCAAACAGUCAAGGGCAUGGAGCAACUUUCCACUAUGAGGAAAGAUUGCCGCAUUUGGGACUUUUUUUUUUAGCUUAAAGACAAGUAAGAGGCAACAUGAUAGACGUUUUUACAAUAUGCAGCAUAUAGUUAAACUGUGGAACUCCCUCCCACUUGAGGCACUGAUGGUCACCAACUUGGAUGGCUUUAAAAGAGGACUGGGCAAAUUCAUGGAGGAGUAGACUUUAUCAGUGGUACUAGCCAUAGCGGAUAUGCUUGGCCGCCAUGCUUCUUACCACAGGGGGAGAGAGUGCUCUUGCACUCGAAUCCUGGUUGACUGUUUCCCACAGGCAAUCUGAGAACAGGAUGCUGGACUAAAUGGCCCAUUGGCCUGACCCAGUAGGCCCUUCUUAUGUUCCCCGUUGCACACUGCUUCUGGACAUCUGCUUUGUUAAAUGUGUACAGAUGUGUAACAUUUGUAUAGCAGUUUUAAGUGUUUGAAAUCCUUCACAUGCAUUGUCCAGCUGUAAUCCACGGGAGAGCUCCGUAAGGCUCCGUUAGGCUACAUUCCAGUAGCCCCACACGACCCAGAGGUUUCCUCUCACCUAAUUUCUUCACCCAGGCAAGCAGAAUCACAAUGCAGGAAUGCUUUCCAGUCAUGCAGAAGUACUUGAGCAGGAUAUGUGAGGUCAGUGGCCUGGGGCGAGUCCUAAGGGCCAGAUAGAUUUUCUUAGAGGGUCAUACUUGGCCCCUGGCUCUUAAGGUCUCCACCUCUGCUGUAAGUUAAGCCAGCAGCACUGUCAUCCAUAUUACAGAUGGAGACACUGAGGCUAAGACAGAUCGGCUUGCCUGAAUCCCCCCUUGUCAGUUCAUGGCUGACUAGGCGAGAUUCAAGCGAGGGAUCUUCCUGAUUUGUAGGGCUCAGUCCAGGUUUGGAAGCGCCAUUUGCAAAUGACCACCAUGUCCCCUUCAGUCUUUAAUCAGGAGCAGUGGGAAGCUCAUCCUCCUGGACAAACUGCUGAGCAGGCUGCGCGAGAGGGGCAACCGAGUCCUCAUCUUCUCCCAGAUGGUGAGAAUGCUGGACAUCUUGGCAGAGUAUCUGGCCAUCAAGCACUACCCUUUCCAGGUGAGGCUGCCAUGGAUGAAACAGGCACAAGCUGCUGGCUUAGUUGGUUCAAAGGCGACGGUCUCAGAUAAGCUUCAGAUGUGGAAACCAAAGGUGCAUGGAAAGAAAAGGAGGGGAUGAUGCAUUUUGUAUUUUUAUUAUUGAAUUUAUACCCCACCCUUCCUCCGCAAAGAACCCGUGUACACCUUAUGCAUCACACAUAGGUCUGCAGAGGACUUCCUUCUGAUGUUAAGAUACUGUGGGCAUACAGAGACAGUGUACGGUUUCCUGAGAAUCUCGGCUUUUAUUUUAAAGCGAGCAAGUUUCUAGUCCUUAUGGUGUUCAGGGGACACAUCUCAGCCCGGCAAAAGUACUUUUUAACUGGAGACAUUUGCUGCUUUGGUCUGGGACUUCAUCCAGUGAAGCUGAACGUUGGAAUAUUCAGGGUGGAUAGGAGAAAGUCAUUCUUCAUGCAGCGCAUCAUUAAACUGUGGAACUCACUGUCACUGGAGGCAGUGAUCAGGUGGCUUUAAAAGAGGAUUGGACAAAUGCAUGGAGGAGAAGGCUAUCAAUGACUACUAAUCGCAAGGGCUGUGCUCUUCUUCCAUGGUGGGAGGCAGUAAUGCUUCUGAAUACCAGAAGCCACAGGGCGGAGAGUUCUCUUGGCCUUGGGUCCUGCUUCCCACAGCCAUCUGGUUGGCCUCUGUGAGAACAGGAUGCUGGACUAGAUGGGCCAUUUGCCUGAUCCAGAAGGGCUCUUCUUACAUCCUUAUGGGACCCUCUGCACUGAAAUCUGCCACUGAGCUUUCCCCUUUCCAUGUGGCCUCUUGUGUCUUAUGCCUUUUUUUUAAAUAAGCGCUUCCACAAGCAGUUCCUGGCUCAGGGCUUGUAAUGGGAGCUGUGGAGUCACCUGGUGCCUGUUGAGGCUUCCCGGGCACCGUCCCCUGCGGCAACAAGGUUAUUUUUAAUCACUGUUAUUUUUAAAGUGUUGCCUUGCUCCAAGCUGGUAGAAGCUGGACAGGGAUUUGAGUUUCUGAAUUAUCCGCUGCAGCAGUACCCAGGGUAUUGUUUUUGUGUGAGUGUGUGUAAGUGUGUCAAAGCAGUGAUUCCACUAGUGUCCUUUGAUUCAAUCACUGUUGUUCUUUGCAGCGCCUGGACGGCUCAAUCAAAGGCGAGAUCCGAAAGCAGGCGCUGGAUCACUUCAAUGCUGACGGCUCAGAGGUAAUGAUCAUUGUGACCUGCCCAUUCAGAGGGAGGGCAGCAGCUGGCGGGGUCUUCUGAGGGGAGGCAGCGAGUACCACAAGAAAGGGGAUGUCAUAUUUAUCAUCUUUAUCAGCCAUUUGUCGCUGAUAAAGAUGGUGGAUUACACCGAAAUGGCGAAAAUGACCGGGAAUAUCAGAAACCAGGAAGAUAGAAACUUUAACAAGGAAUGGGGACAAUUUAUAAGCUAUCAAAGAGAACACUGUAAACAACUAAAAAUCUUUGGCAGGAUUACAGUAACACUUGUAAUGUAUGAAAAACUGAGGUAAAAAUGGAUUUUUAAGAUAAAUAGAGAAACUAUAAGAUGCAAUAAGAAAAAGUUUUGACAAUGGAAACCAUGGAGGCGUGGAGGGAAGUCUAAGGGUUCAAGGAAUCCUAUAUGUGUAUGAUUAAUGUUUAAAUUCAAAUGUAUAUUGUAAAACUGAAUAAAAAAAUUUAAAAGGAAGAAAAAAAGAAAGGGAAUAUCGUUGCAAACGUUUUGCAAAGAGUUUUUUGGGAGAUUGAAACUUUUCCUUUCUAUCCAAGCUUUGUCCUUGGCUAGCCGGCCAGAUUUCUUUUUCAGCCUCUUAUCAGAAACAUCCCUGUGCAGAAAUCUGCCCUCUAGUUCCCCAAAGGUUUUCCCUCCAAAGGAAUAUGUGUGUCUAUGUGUGUAGUUAUUGCAUUGCAAAUCACUUCUUUGGAAUGCCUCAGGGAAGCAAUUCAUGUGCUUAGCACUGGGGCCUUUUUUUCUCCUCCUCAGGACUUCUGUUUCCUCCUGUCCACGCGAGCUGGUGGCCUGGGGAUUAACUUGGCCUCUGCUGACACGGUGGUCAUUUUCGACUCGGACUGGAACCCUCAGAAUGACUUGCAGGCUCAGGCCCGGGCUCACCGGAUAGGGCAGAAGAAGCAGGUCAGAGAAAGAGCCGAAGCUCUCAUGUUGCAGCCAUGGAUGGGUGGCAGCAGCCCCUAAGAUUCUGGAACGCCCACAAAGUUCCUGCAGGCCGUUUUCCUGGGGUGUUUUUCUUCGGACAUGACAGUUACCUCUUAGUUCUGUGCCAGUUGCUUUCUUCAUUCCGUAGGUGGAGAGGGAGACGGAAAGAUAGGAUUUGAGGUAACACCAAGAGAAAGGGAUAUUUUCUGCCCUAUUUCAGUCAUGGAAUCCUUUUUUUGUUUUUUUAGAGGUUUAAUAAGAUGCUGUUAUUCAUUGUUAUUAUUUAAUUUCUAUCCUGUCCUUUCUCCCAAGGGUGCCCAGGGCGGCAAACAUCUAAAAGUGUAAAAGAGGAUCGGACAGAUUCAUGGAGGAGAAGUUUUAAAUUGGUUUUUAAAAACAAUAUGAAGACCAAUUAAAAAAAAACCAUUUGAAAAUCAUCUAAUAACAGUCGUGGCUCUCCCCAAAGAAUUCGUUUGUUGGGAGACCCCCUGUUUCUCUCCCAGAGCUAUAUCCCCGGUUUUCUGGGAAGAGGGAUUGAUUGUUAAACCUCCCUGGAAUUGUAGCUCUGUAAAGGGAAUAGGGCAGACAUGGCCAAACUUGGCCCUCCAGCUGUUUGGGACUACAGUUCCCAUCAUCUUUGACCACUGGUCCUGUUAGCUAGGGAUAAUGGGAGUUGUAGUCCCAAAACAGCUGGAGGGCCAAGUUUGGCCAUGCCUGGAGUAGGGGGUCUCCCAACUACCGUAUUCUUCGCCCUAUAGGACGCACUUUUUCCCCUCCAAAAAUGAAGGGGAAAUGUGUGUGCGUCCUAUGGGGCGAAUGCAGCGCGCCAUCCCGCUGUCCCCGGAACUGGUUUGGAGGCUGGCGGCGGGGAGAAGCCCGCUUCUCCCUGCCGCCAGCCCCACAAGCUGGGGGACAGCUUCGCGCAGCUCUCCGCAAGCCAUGGGAGCCCGGCGCUUGCGGAGAGCUGCCUGUUCGGGGGGCUGGGGUCGGGGGAAGCCCGAGCUUCCCCCCCCCCCGCCCCGCGCCUGGGGGGAAAAUAAUGUUUUCCCCCUUUAUUCGCCCCCCCCCAAAUUAGGUGCAUCCUAUGGGCCGGUGCGUCCUAUAGGGCGAAAAAUACGGUACUCUCAGCACCCUUACCAAACUACACUUCCCAGGAUACUUUGAGGGAAGCCAUGACCAUUUAAAGUGGUUUCAUAGUGGUUUAAAUGUAUGGUGCAGAAGGGAGACUUUGUAGAGAGGUAAUUCCACAGUUGGUUCAGACCUCUACUUUAGAAGCAGCCACGGUCGUAUAGAGCUCUUCGGCAUUAAGGGGAAACAAAACCUCUAAGCUGUUUACAUGUGGCACCUCCUUCGAGCUCCUCUGGCUUGAAGGGCAGGAGUCAGGGGCAAAGUAGUAGCUCAUCAAGCAGAAGGACCCCAUAGGUUCUGUCUUUGUCAUCUUGAAUUAAAAAAUGUUGCAUUUACAGGAGAAAGAAAAGCUUUUGGCUUUCAUGCUCUGGGGUAAGAGAGGAACCGUGAUCUGACUCUCUGGGAAAUGGAGCUUUUAUCUGUACCCUUCCCACCCCCCUUGCAGGUGAAUAUUUAUCGAUUGGUUACGAAGGGGACGGUGGAAGAAGAGAUUAUAGAAAGAGCCAAGAAGAAGAUGGUAUUAGACCAUCUGGUGAUACAGCGCAUGGACACCACUGGACGAACUGUUCUGGACAACAACUCUGGCAGAUCCAAGUAAGGGGGAUGAGAGAGGAUGGGGACAGGUUCUCUUGAGGACUACAGAUCCAAACUAACUAGUCUCUCUUGGUGUAUAUCAGCCUUCCUUGAGAUGCUGCCCUCCAGUAGGUCCAACGUCCACUUCCUUCUUGUUCCCUUGCAGCACAAACCCUUUCAACAAAGAGGAGCUGACGGCCAUCUUGAAGUUCGGUGCGGAAGACCUGUUCAAAGAGCUGGAAGGGGAAGAGUCUGAGCCACAGGUGAGCCCAGCUGGAAGGGUUUUUGGUUGGCACACUUUGUUAGAGAUGGUUUCCCCUCUGAAGGUUGUAUUCAAAGCUACAGUGGUACCUUGGUUUUCAAACGUCUUCGUCGACGAACAUUUCGGUUUUCGAACACCGUAAACCCAGAAGUAAAUGCUUCGGUUUUCAGACGUGCCUCAGAAGUUGAACUGGAAAUGCUGCUUCCGUAUUGAGUUUUCCGUUUUGAGGCUUCCAUACUGAGUUUCGGUUUUGGAACUCGAAUGGUCUUCUGGAACGGAUUACGUUCAAAAACCGAGGUGCCACUGUAGUCCUACCCAGACCAGGCUCACAAAUCAAAUCAAAUCAAAUCUUUAUUGUUACAGUCAAUGACCAGUAUUCAAUAGACCCAUGAAAGUUAUUAGAGCUAAGAUAGUUGCGUUAAUUUCAGUGAGUUUACUCUGAGCAGGACCAUCCCAAUGAAAAGGAAAUGCAAGAAAGCAAAGUGGCUGUCCAACGAGGCCUUACAAAUAGCGGGGGAGAGGAGGCAAGCAAAAUGCGAGGGAGAUAGUGAAAGAUACAGGAAAUUGAAUGCAGAUUUCAAAAAAAUAGCAAGGAGAGACAAGAAGGCCUUCUUAAACGAGCAAUGCAAAAAAUAGAGGAAAACAACAGAAUGGGAAGAACCAGAGAUCUGUUCAAGAAAAUUGGAGAUAUGAAAGGAACAUUUCGUACAAAGAUUACCAUGAUAAAGGACAAAAGUGGUAAGGACCUAACAGAAGCAGAAGACAUCAAGAAGAGGUGGCAAGAAUACAUAGAGGAAUUGUACCAGAAAGAUAUGGAUGGCUCGUACACCCUAGGUAGUGUGGUUGCUGACCUUGAGCCAGACAUCCUGGAGAGUGAAGUCAAAUGGGCCUUAGAAAGCACUGCAAAUAACAAGGCCAGUGGAAGUGAUGAUAUUCCAGCUGAACUAUUUAAAAUUUAAAAGAUGAUGCUAAGGUGCUACACUCUCAACUCAGCAAGUUUGGAAAACUCAGCAGUGGCCAGAGGAUUGGAGAAGAUCAGUCUACAUCCCAAUCCCAAAGAGGGGCAGUGCCAAAGAAUGCUCCAACUACCGCACAAUUGCACUCAUUUCACACGCUAGCAAGGUUAUGCUUAAAAUUCUACAAGGCAGGCUUAAGCAGUAUGUGGACCGAGAACUCCCAGAAGUGCAAGCUGGAUUUAGAAGAGGCAGAGGAACCAGAGACCAAAUUGCAAACACGUGCUGGAUUAUGGAGAAAGCUAGAGAGUUCCAGAAAGACAUCUACUUCUGCUUCAUUGACUGUGCAAAAGCCUUUGACUGUGUUGAGCACAGCAAACUAUGACAAGUUCUUAAAGAAAUGGGAGUGCCUGAUCACCUCAUCUGUCUCCUGAAGAAAUCUCUAUGUGGGACAAGAAGCUACAGUUAGAACUGGAUAUGGAGCAACUGAUUGGUUCAAAAUUGGGAAAGGAGUACGACAAGGCUGUAUAUUGUCUCCCUGCUUAUUCAACUUAUAUGCAGAAUUCAUCAUGCGAAAGGCUGGGCUGGGUGAAUCCCUAGCCGGAAUUAAGAUUGCCGGAAGAAAUAUCAACAAUCUCAGAUAUGCAGAUGACACAACUUUGAUGGCAGAAAGUGAGGAGGAAUUAAAGAACCUUUUAUUGAGGGUGAAAGAGGAGAGUGCAAAAUAUGAUCUGAAACUCAACAUCAAAAAAACGAAGAUCAUGGCCACUGGUCCCAUCACCUCCUGGCAAAGAGAAGGGGAAGAGAUGGAGGCAGUGAGAGAUUUUACUUUCUUGGGCUCCAUGAUCACUGCAGAUGGUGACAGCAGCCACAAAAUUAAAAGACGCCUGCUUCUUGGGAGAAAAGCAAUGACAAACCUAGACAGCAUCUUAAAAGUAGAGACAUCACCUUGCCAACAAAGGUCCGUAUAGUAAAAGCUAUGGUUUUCCCAGUAGUGAUGUAUGGAAGUGAAAGCUGGACCAUAAAGAAGGCUGAUCGCCGAAGAAUUGAUGCUUUUGAAUUAUGGUGCUGGAGGUGACUCUUGAGAGUCCCAUGGACUGCAAGAAGAUCAAACCUAUCAAUUCUUAAGGAAAUCAGCCCUGAGUGCUCACUGGAAGGGCAGGUUGUGAAGCUGAGGCUCCAAUACUUUGGCCACCUGAUGAGAAGAGAAGACUCCCUGGGAAAGACCCUGAUGUUGGGAAAGAUGGAGGGCACAAGGAGAAGGGGACGACAAGAGGACGAGAUGGUUGGAUAGUGUUCUUGAAGCUACCAGCAUGAGUUUGACCAAACUUCAGGAGGCAGUGGAAGACAGAAGUGUCUGGCGGGCUCUGGUCCAUGGGGUCACGAAGAGUCGGACACGGCUAAAUGACUAAACAACAACAACACUCUGAGCAGGAUUAAUUUUUGAUACAAACUUGUAUGUUUCUAUGAUACCAACAGAGGUGAACAACCCCAUACCAGUUCCCAAGCUGGUGUCCCACAAGGAAUAAAUUGAUUUCAUUCUUUAUUCUUUCAUUUAUAGGAUUCCUUACCUACCCCUUUCACCGCAAGGUCCCAGGACAGGUUACGAUGAUACGAUGAUAUUAUAAUACGAUGAUAUUAUAAUACAGUUAUAAAAUCAAAUAAAUCAGUUUAUGAUUGUAAAACUAGCAAGACCAUUAUAAAUGGAACAGGGGACUUUAAAUUCAACAAAAGGAAGUGAAUCCCCCAAAACAAAAUACGGUGGUACCCGGGUUAAGUGCUUAAUUCGUUCCGGAGGUCCGUACUUAACCUGAAACUGUUGUUAACCUGAAGCACCACUUUAGCUAAUGGGGCCUCCUGCUGCUGCCGCGCCACCAGAGCACAAUUUCUGUUCUCACCCUGAAGCAAAGUUCUUAACCUGAAGCAAUAUUUCUGGGUUAACGGAAUCUGUAACCUGAAGCGUAUGUAACCCGAGGUACCACUGUACCUUAACUUCCAAGGGACAGGGUAAAAGAGGUGUGUCUUCAGCACUGGGUGGAAGCUGUGGAACGAUGAUGUCAGGCAUUGUGGGGAGGGAGUUCUAGAACUGAGGGGCCAUCACAGAGAAAUCCCUCUCCUUGGCUACAACUGCCAACACUUCUGAAGGUGACGGAGCGACACUUAGGUACUCCUCUGCCGGUAGCCUGGGAGGGCCUGUAGGCAGGGAUGGAGACAACUUUUCAGAUAUUUGGGGUCUUAGUAGUAGUUGCUCUGUGAGCAAUGAAGAAAAUUAUUUGUUGUGAAUCUUAAUUUCGGUGUUGAAAGGGGCAUAUUCCUCUACAGUCGUACCUUGGUUGCCGAAUGCCAUGGUAACUCAUACGUUUUGGCUCCUGAACGAUCGAAAACCGGAAGUGAGUGUUCUGAUUUUCAAACGAUUUUCAGAAACCGAAUGUCUGGUGUGGCUUCCGAUUGGCUGCAGGACGCUUCUGCAGCUCCAAUCGGAAGCUGUGCCUUGGUUUUCGAAUAGUUCCGGGAGUCAAACAGACUCCUGGAACACAUUCUGUUCGAGAACCAAGGUAUGACUGUACUUUUGAAAGAAGCAAAAAACCCGGGUGUCUUUGCUUUUAGAAAGUUUGGGAAAUGCUGGACAAUGCUAUCCUGUCUCCUUCCAUCUCUCUAAAGUCUGACUCAGUAUAAGAAAUGCAUGUAACAAUCAUUUUAUUCAGCAAAGCUGAAAUCAUGAAAUAUACGUGUCAGAUGCUUCUGCUUUAACUGUGGUUAGCAUUAGUUAUGGUUUAGCGUUACACGCGUUACACAAAGCAUCUUAAGCACACUUUUCCCACAUCCCACCCCCACUGAGUUCAUUCUUACUCAAUAUUCGGUUAUUGCAGAUUCUCUCUCACAGGCUGUGAUUCCCUCCUGUCUUCCCCACCCCUUCCAGGAAAUGGACAUCGAGGAAAUUUUGCGCUUGGCCGAAACCCGAGAGAACGAAGCAUCCACAAGCGCCACAGAUGAACUUCUGUCUCAGUUCAAGGUAUGGACCUGUGUGGGUGGAGCAUAAAGCAACAUUAGCAUGUUUUCAGUUAUUAUUUAUUGAAUUUAUAUCGCAGCCUUUCUCUCCAAGGAACCCAGGGGCAGAGGAUAAGACAAUUCAAAAAUGAAAUGAGAGCAUUCUCAAAUAGGAGCCCAGGGGUGGAAUAUGACCAACCCUGUGAAGAUGUGAUGGUUUCAGAUCUUACAAGAAGUACCAGCACAGAUGGCAGAUACUUUUGCCAGUGCUGUAGAGCAAUUGUGUCCAAACUUCGUCCCCACCUCACUCCAGAAAAAUUCCCUCAGACACUCAUGAUUGUGACCCGGGUUCAAAUUCCUUCACGGUCCCGGUGGCCUUGGAGAAGGCAUGUACUCACAGCCUCAGGUUCCCUUCGUCUUAGCGGGUUCCUUCUCACACAAUGUCAUUGUGAGGAGAGACACACACACACACACACACACACACAGGCCAUGGGAUCGGUUCGAAAUAUUUUUUAACCUGGUGAUGAGGAAUGAAACCUGGCGGGUGUUUUCUCCUUUGUAGGUGGCCAACUUUGCAACGAUGGAGGAGGAGGAAGCCGAGCUGGAGGAGAGGUCUCAGAAGGACUGGGACGAUAUCAUCCCGGAGGAGCAGAGGAAGAAGGUGGAGGAGGAGGAGCGGCAGAAGGAACUAGAGGAGAUCUACAUGCUUCCCAGAAUCCGCAGCUCGGCUAAAAAGGUAUGGCCAGGGCAGGGCGUAUUCUCCUCGAUUUGAACCCAGACCAACCACUGCCAUGUCCCAACAGCUCUCGUCGGCUUAGAAUGUAAGAAGAGCCCAACGCAUUCAGGCCAAAAGUCCAUCUAGUCCCCCUGCGGCCACUCAGGGGCCUUUGGGAAGCCCGCAUGCAGGAGCUGAGUGCAGCAACGCUCUUCUUUUCUACAUUUAAGGCACAGAGCCUGCUGCUUCAGUGAGGGACAUACGGCAUUUAUUAUUUCCUUCGUGCCCUCUUCACAAUGUGGGGCGCUUGAUAGGGAGACAUAACCAAAGGCAGGUGCUUGCCCCCAAAGGGUUUAUAUUAUACCGUAACGGAGCCCCUUCCAUUUCUCCUCCCGCUUGGCUGAAGGGGCGCUGCGCAACUCUCCCUCUCUGCUGAAGCCGGGAGAGUCUUGCUCUCCCGGUUUCAGCAAAAGGAACCUGAAGCCUCCGGAACGCAGCGGGAACUCGCGCUGCGCUCUGAAGCCUUCGGAGUGCAGCGCGAGUUCCCGCUGCGCUCCGGAGGCUUCAGGUUCCUUUCGCUGAAGCCAGGAGAGUCUUGCUCUCCAGGCUUCAGCGAAAGCAACGCGAAGCCAAGGAGCCUGCAUUCGCUCCACAGGACGCACACACAUUUCCCCUUAAUUUUUGGAGGGGAAAAAGUGCAUCCUAUAGAGCGAAAAAUACGGUAAAUUUAGGAAGUUGGGGACGUCGGAGGCUGGGCUUAAGAGGUGUGAGAGAGGGCAAUGCAGGAUUGGAGACUGCAGAGUGGGUUAAACGGGUCCCUUGCAGAUUUCAGUUUCCCCUCUUGCAAACUCUGCUUUUUGAAAUGCAAAGCAGGGCCCCUCCUUGGGAAGGAACAUGGGAGGCUGACUUACAUUGAGCCAGACCAUCGAGCUCAGUAUCACCUACUCUGGCUGGUAGCUGCUCUCCAGGGGUUCAGACUGAUCUCUCCGAGCCUUGCCUAGAGAUGCUGGGGAUUGAACCUGGAGCCUUCUGCCUGCAAAGCAGAUGCUUUACCACUGAGCUGUGGUCCCGUGCCUUUAAGGAUUAAGUUUCCACUCCUCAUGGUUUGGAAUAAAGGGCUGAUUUGAAUAGCAACAAAGGAAGCUGCCUUAAACCCAGUCAGACCACUGGCUCAGUAUUUUCUACACUGGUACCAGCUCUCCAGGGUUUCUGGCAGGGGGCAGUCCCAGCCCUAGCUGGUCUCAAACCCAGGACCUUCCGCAUGCAAGCAGAUGCUUACCUCUGAACAAUGGCCCUUCCUGAACAAAUGGCUCUGCUUUUAAAGGUGAUAGCCAGCACAUCAAAGCUCCAGCAGGACACUGGAAGCCUUUCACCCUCCUCCUCUGCAAAAAUAUCUGGGGCAUCCUGAAGUGAUGAGUGCUCAGAGGCUAAGAUACCUCCUGCUGCAAGCAAGCAAGCAGCCUGGUUGAUCUGUUGUCCUUUCUGACCCCAUAGGCUCAGGCCAAUGACAGCGAUUCGGAUGUCGAGAUGAAGAAAAAGCUGCAGGGGUCGUCCGGCUCGGAGAGUGAGACGGAGGACUCAGACGAUGAUAAAAGACCCAAACGAAGAGGGCGGCCCCGCAGCGUCCGGAAGGACACGGUGGAAGGCUUCACAGACACGGAAAUCAGGAGGUCAGCACUGAUGCCUGAUGGGGUUUCAUCUGCAUUUAUUCCUCCCCCUGCCCAGGAGUCUUGAGCAGGCUCCGAUACGUCUUAAGCUCAUUUUCAUUUAAGCAAAAAAGCCCUCCCCUUUUUUACAAUCCAGAAUUACUUUAUAUACCUGGCAGCUAUUCGCCCCCCCACGCAGCCAGCAAAGCUUUGUGAUAACGCUUGGAAUUCCAGGGAGAUUGUGGUACUCUUGGGAUGGUGGCACAAUCAUGAUUUGGGAGCUGGAGUUAGCAGGAUCCCUGACUGCCUUUUGCCAUAGUUAUGUGACCAGCUCCACAGAACAAGUUUAUUCAAGUAGGAAUGCACUUGCUGGAACUCUUCUGACAGCUGCUGCCCCAUUUUUUUGUUUGAAUCCUGCAGGUUUAUCAAGGCCUACAAAAAGUUUGGAGUUCCCCUGGAACGGUAAGUACUGAUCUGUUUAGUUUCUGGUGCCAGGGAUUACACUGAGGUUACUGUUAUUAUUUUUUAUUUUACUGGAUUUUUCAUCAUGGCUUUCCUCCCUGAGAAGCCCAAGGCAGAAAACAACACAUUUUUAAAGCGAAAACAUUACAAAACAGAUUAAAAUAGUCUAAAAACAAUUUUAAAAAUGUUAAAACAAUUAGAAACAUUCAUUUUUUAUUUUCUUACACGCCACCUUGAUUUUUUUUUUUACGAUAUAGCAUUAUAUAAAUAUUUUUAUUAAAAAAUUAUAAACAACAGCAAUUGCAAUUUAAAAACAGUCUUCCAUCCAAUGAUCUUGAGGUUGCCACAACAUUUGUGGGCCACCAAUUUUUGGAUAGACUGGAUAGUUUUCAAAUUCUGCCUGAGAGUUGAUAAUGAUGGAGGCAGACAUAUCACACUAAGGAGGGUAAUUCCCAGAGUUCCCCGGGAAGAAGCAUUGAUUCUUUAAACCACUCUGGGAAUUGUCACAUUGUGAUGAGAAUGGGGGUCUCCUCACAACCCUCCACACCCUUAACAAACUACAGCUCCCAGGAACAGGAACAGAUGGCCAAGCAUGCAAAAAGAAGGGAGAUAGUAGUAAUGGGGGACUUCAAUUACCCGGAUAUUUGUUGGAUGUCAAACUCAGCCAAGAGCAUAAGGUCAAACAGAUUCCUCACUGGCCUUGCAGACAACUUCAUUGUCCAGAAAGUGGGAGAAGCAACAAGAGGAACAGCCAUUUUAGAUCUGGUCCUAACCAAUGUUGAUGACCUGGUUAGUGGGGUAGAAGUGGAAGGAUCAUUAGGCGCGAGUGAUCAUGCUCUUCUGAAGUUUACUAUACAGCGGAAAGGAGCAGCCAAGCAUACUAGGACUCAAUUUCUUGACUUUAAGAAAGCCGACUUCAUAAAACUUAGGGAAGUGCUGGGUGAGAUCCCAUGGACAGUAAUACUAAAAGGAAAGGGAGUUCAUGAUGGCUGGGAGUUUGUUAAGAGGGAGAUAGUAAAAGCACAACGUCAGGCAAUACCAAUGAGACGGAAACAUGGAAGGUGCCUAAAGAAGCCAGGGUGGCUAUCUAAAGAACUUUUAACUGAGUUAAGAUUAAAAAAGGAUGUGUACAAAAAUGGAAAAGGGGGAAACCACCAAAGAGGAAUUCAAACAAAUAGCCAGCACGUGUAGACACAAAGUCAGAAAAGCUAAAGCACAGAAUGAACUCAGGCUUGCUAGAGAGGUUAAAAGCAACAACAAAGGCUUUUAUGGGUAUGUUCGUAGCAAAAGGAAGAACAAAGAAAGAGUGGGGUCACUCAGAGGAGAAGAUGGUGAAAUGCAAACAGGGGACACAGAAAGGGUUGAACUCCUCAAUGCCUUCUUUGCCUCAGUCUUCUCCGAUAAAGAAAACAAUGCCCGACCUGAAGAAUUUGGAGCAAAUGAUUCAGCAAAGGAAACACAGCCCAGAAUAACUAAGGAGAUAGUACAAGAAUAUUUGGCUAGUUUAGAUGUAUUCAAGUCUCCAGGGCCAGAUGAACUGCAUCCAAGAGUAUUAAAAGAACUGGCAGAUGUGAUCUCAGAACCACUGGCAGUCAUCUUUGAGAAUUCCUGGAGAACAGGCGAAGUCCCAGCAGACUGGAGGAGGGCAAAUGUUGUCCCUAUUUUCAAAAAGGGGAAAAGAGAGGACCCAAAUAAUUACCGCCCAGUCAGUCUGACAUCAAUACCAGGGAAGAUUCUGGAGCAGAUCAUUAAGCAAACAGUCUGUGAGCACCUAGAAAGGAAUGCUGUGAUCACCAAUAGUCAGCAUGGAUUUCUGAAAAAUAAGUCAUGUCAGACUAACCUGAUCUCGUUUUUGACAGAAUUACAAGCCUGGUAGAUGAAGGGAACGCAGUGGAUGUAGCCUACCUUGAUUUCAGCAAGGCAUUUGACAAGGUGCCCCAUGAUAUUCUUGUAAAGAAGCUGGUAAAAUGCGGUCUUGACUAUGCUACCACUCAGUGGAUUUGUAACUGGCUGACUGACCGAACCCAAAGGGUGCUCAUCAAUGGUUCCUCUUCAUCCUGGAGAAGAGUGACUAGUGGGGUGCCACAGGGUUCUGUCUUGGGCCCGGUCUUAUUCAACAUCUUUAUCAACGACUUGGAUGAUGGACUCAAGGGCAUCCUGAUCAAAUUUGCAGAUGACACCAAACUGGGAGGGGUGGCUAACACCCCAGAGGACAGGAUCACACUUCAAAACGACCUUGACAGAUUAGAGAACUGGGCCAAAACAAACAAGAUGAAUUUUAACAGGGAGAAAUGUAAAGUAUUGCACUUGGGCAAAAAAAAUGAGAGGCGCAAAUACAAGAUGGGUGACACCUGGCUUGAGAGCAGUACAUGUGAAAAGGAUCUAGGAGUCUUGGUUGACCACAAACUUGACAUGAGCCAACAGUGUGACGCGGCAGCUAAAAAAAGCCAAUGCAAUUCUGGGCUGCAUCAAUAGGAGUAUAGCAUCUAGAUCAAGGGAAGUAAUAGUGCCACUGUAUUCUGCUCUGGUCAGACCUCACCUGGAGUACUGUGUCCAGUUCUGGGCACCACAGUUCAAGAAGGACACUGACAAACUGGAACGUGUCCAGAGGAGGGCAACCAAAAUGGUCAAAGGCCUGGAAACGAUGCCUUAUGAGGAACGGCUAAGGGAGCUGGGCAUGUUUAGCCUGGAGAAGAGGAGGUUAAGGGGUGAUAUGAUAGCCAUGUUCAAAUAUAUAAAAAGAUGUCACAUAGAGGAGGGAGAAAGGUUGUUUUCUGCUGCUCCAGAGAAGCGGACACGGAGCAAUGGAUCCAAACUACAAGAAAGAAGAUUCCACCUAAACAUUAGGAAGAACUUCCUGACAGUAAGAGCUGUUCGACAGUGGAAUUUGCUGCCAAGGAGUGUGGUGGAGUCUCCUUCUUUGGAGGUCUUUAAGCAGAGGCUUGACAACCAUAUGUCAGGAGUGCUCUGAUGGUGUUUCCUGCUUGGCAGGAGGUUGGACUCGAUGGCCCUUGUGGUCUCUUCCAACUGUACGAUUCUAUGAUUCUAGGAUUCUUUGGGUGAAGGCUGUAGGAUGUGGCAUUUCAUUUCAUUAUUUCAUUUUUAUUGAUUUAUCAAUAGACAUGUGGUACAGACUAACACAUGAUACAAACCAUAACAGAAUGAUACACGGAGCAUAUUCAGUAUAUAAGUCAAAUUAAAGAGAUGCAAUUAAAUAUAGCCAGUUUCUUAAGAUGUGUCUACAUAGCCCAGGAGUGAGUCAUAGGAGGAGUACAGCUAUGGCUCUCCCGAUUUAUAUAAUUUUUUUUAAAAAAGUGGAUACCUGUCUGCAUCAGAACUGUCUGAUUUGGCUCUGCCCCAGACUACACGUCUAUGCCUGACCAGAUGUUCAGAUAAAUCCAUGUCGCAUACAUUGGUAAAUGAUGCCUUUUGCAGAGGAACUGUUGAUGAUUUCCAUUGUGGCACUGGGUUAUGAACUAUCUGCCGCCACGAGGGAGCUCUGUUUCCAUUCAUUUCAUUGUCCUCUUCUCCCUCCUCCAGGCUGGAGUGCAUUGCCCGAGAUGCGGAGCUGGUAGACAAAUCGGUGGCCGACUUGAAACGCCUCGGGGAGCUUCUUCACAACAGCUGCGUUUCGGCCAUGCAGGAGUACGAAGAACACCUGAAAGAGAACCCUGCAGAAAGUAAGUGGAGAAGAGUCUUGCAUCCAGGAUAAAAGGAUUGGUUAAAGCACUUGGAUCCUCAUGCUUUUCAGAUAAGCAACUCACCCCUUCCCCCCGUUUCUUGUAGCUGAAGCAUCUGUGGCUCUUUUUUUCCAGACAAAGGACCAGGGAAGAGAAGAGGCCCCACCAUUAAGAUUUCUGGCGUCCAGGUGAACGUGAAAGCCAUCAUUCAACACGAAGAGGAGUUUGCAAUGCUGCACAAGACCAUCCCAACGGACCCGGAGGAGAGGGCAAGGUGAGUCUGAAGGUUCCUGGGGACACAGGGAAGAAGAGCGCAAGGAGGUGAGAGUUGGUGUAGAGCAGUGGCAAGAGUGGCCUGACUUUCAGCUGCUUUCCAGAUUGCAGCUUCGGUUUGCCUGUAAACUAAUGGGACUCAAUGAGCUUCUGGCUCACCCCUUCAUCUUCAGACUCCCAGCCGACUUUCCUUUAUUUAAUGAGUUAGGCAGAAGAGAAUAUUCACGAGGGAGCCCUUGGCGGGUCCAGAAUGAAGUCCUGCCUCUCAGAAGGGGUGUUCAUUGCAUGUUACAUUCAAACCAGUGUACCAUCUCUGGACACAUCUAGUUGGGGUGCACAAACAGUUGAGCUGUGGACUCAUGGUUAUUUGCAUGUAACACUCAAUGUAUCUAGCUGUGUACACACCAUAGUGGAGCUGUGCUCAACAAGUGUACACUCUUUUCACACACCAACACUUGUACAUGUGUAGAGAAAGCUUGCACCUCAGUGUAAUGGGUGAAGAAGCCUAAAACACUGGAAAGUUCAGAUGAGAAAGACACACAUUUGUGCCUUCUCUCUCUCCCUGUCCCCCUUCUGUUGCAGACCUUUAGAGGCAUAGAAAAAGAACUCUGAUGUAAAAAGUGAAGAGAGACAGUAUCGUUCAGUGGUUAUAGUGUUGGACUUAGACCUGGCAGCCCUGUGUUCAAAUCCCUACUCUGCCAUGGGUGACCAUAGGCCAGCCACCUUUAGCCUAGCUUACCUCACAGGGUUGUUGUGAAGAUAAAAUGGGGAAGGAGGAAAACCAUAUAUACCAUCUUGAGCCAAACAACAAAACCUCUUACCUGUUUUUCUGCUCUCCCAUUAAAUUGCAGGUUCUGCCUGACUUGCCGUGUGAAAGCUGCCCAUUUUGAUGUGGAUUGGAGUGUGGAAGAUGACUCUCACUUGUUGGUGGGAGUAUAUGAACAUGGCUACGGGAACUGGGAGCUCAUCAAAUCAGACCCAGAGCUGAAAUUGACCAACAAGGUACAAGAAACCUCACAUGCAGAGGGAGGCCUGGUUUGCAUGUAUAGCACUAAGCCACGGUUAGUUUAGCCAAAGAGUGGUUUGUUUGGCUGUGCGAACUCAGCCAACAGACUAACUGAGGUUUGUUUCCUCCCAGCCAAACCACAACGUGAAGCCACAAUUUGCUGUUGGCUUACAAACUGUGACAUGUUAUGGCUAUGGUUUAGUGUUAUGUUUGAAACCAUAGCCUUGCUUAACCAUGGUUUGUUAGGCCACUCCACCCUAGACGCUCACUAAGCUGUGGAGGCAAAGCUAGCUGGAAAACGAAAGCUUUGGAGAAACAAGAUGCGCCUUGUUUUCAGGUCUGUGAACAUGGUUUGUUGAACGAGCCAUAGCUACAACAAACCAUGGCACACUGUCAUGUGUGAACGCAGGCAGUGCGUGUGUGUCUGCAGACAAGUGUUUGGCUUCCUCCAAAGACAAUUCCAACCCUCCACUGAGCAACCAGGCUUAAAUCAAAACAAGUAAUAGCAAUAAUGGUGUAAAACAACAUGUCUGGAAGUCUGUUGUGCUCAGGGAAACUGGGUAUAAAUUCUGUGGUUCAACUGGCAAUGUAUUUUGCUGUUGACUACACCCUGCAAAGCUCACGGAAAUCUGGGCAGAAGAAAAAGAAACGAGGAAAUAGGAAGCGGAGGGAGGGUUUCUGAUUGCUUUGAUCCUGACAUGGCGUGAGCUUCUGUGCAGACCUGGCCAUUUAUUUAUACUCUUAAAGAAUGCUGCCUCCUAGAGCAGAAAACACUGCUCUAGUGUUUGGAUUACUGAUGGGUGUCCAAUUCCCUCCACUUUGAAUUCUUAGUCCACUUCCCCAUUUUCUUAGUUGUAGCUUUCUGUAUCUUAUAAUUGGAAAGUAUAUGGGAGGGGGGGGCUCUUGCUGUCAGACCUUUGCUUUCGUUGAUGCCCAUGUCCUUAAAAACAUUUCUCUCCUCCCCUCCCCCAAGAUCCUUCCUGUUGAGACAGACAAGAAGCCUCAGGGGAAGCAGCUCCAGGCACGAGUCGACUACUUGCUGAAACUACUCAAGAAAGACAUGGAGAAAAAGGACGGAACGAAAGAGGUGGAAGAGGUCAGUUCCACCAUGGAUGAAUCGCAGCAGAAAAGGCAGAGUCACUAGACCAGGCCUUGUGCAUUUCACACAUCUGACUUGGCACUUCAGUAGUGCACAGGUCAGCUUUCUAGUCCCUGUGGAGGCAAAUGCAUGCUUUGGAAACAUAUGGAUGGGGCUUUGCAAAAUCUCUCAAACCAGAGUGAGGGCUGAAUAGGACCCCCAGGUCUUUUAAAGCAUCAUAUGCCAAGCCUGGUGCCUUCCAGUUUGGACCACAGGUCAUCAGCCCCAGCCAGCACAACUGUGCUUCUGUUAACAUCAGCAUCAUGCAGGCUGAUGUGAGUCGUAGCCGGUCCAGAAAUCACGAAGAGGGGGCGCCAUGUUAGCAGAAUGUGCCGUGCGCUACGAGGCUCUGCAUCUCGGUCUGUGUGUCAUCUGGGAGGGAAGCUUUCCUUGGGAAGUUGCAGUUCUCCUGCUCUUGACUGACUUCUUCUCCUCUCACCUUAGACCAAGGCGAAAAAGAGGAAGCCCCGCACAAAGAAGGAAAACAAGUCUCUCAAAGGGAGAGAUGAGCAUGGGAAUGAGGUCUCCUCUCCUCGACACUCAGACAACCCCUCAGAAGAAGGAGAGGUCAAGGUAAGCCCAGUUUGGCAGGUCUCCUGUGAUUCCACGUGCCCACCUGUGUAAUAUCUGAUGUGCAGAUUCUAUUGUGUUGAAUAAUAUAUACAGCUGGCAGAUGAAGAAUUGGAAAUUCUCUUUUUUGUCCCCCCCCCAUUUUCUUUUUUUCCUCUCUGUGGUGUAGUGUGUAGGGAGUCAGUGUGGUGUAGUGGUUAAGAGCGGUAGAUUCGUAAUCUGGGGAACCGGGUUCACAUCUCCGCUCCUCCACAUGCAGCUGCUGGGUGACCUUGGGCCAGUCACACUUCUCUGAAGUCUUUCAGCCCCAGUCACCUCACAGAGUGUUUGUUGUGGGGGAGGAAGGGAAAGGAGAAUGUUAGCCGCUUUGAGACUCCUUCGGGCAGUGAUAAAACGGGAUAUCAAAUCCAAACUCCUCCUCCUCCUCCUCCUCCUCCUCCUCUUCUUCUUCUUCUUCUUCUUCUUCUUCUUCUCUCUCUCUCUCUCUCUCUCUCUCUCUCCUUUUCUGGUCUGUGUUUUUAUUUAGAUAAGCUUUUUAGCUUUGAUAAAACAAGUAUUUGAUAUUUUUGUAUUCCUUUUAAAAUUUAUCCCUUCCCCCCACAAAAAAAAUAUUCCACCAGGAGCUGGUGGCUAAGAUUUUGUUUCCCAGAUGCCUCACCUCAGGCACAAUCAGCAGAGCCCCUUCCCCUGUUCAGCUUCUGUAGUCUUUCUCCGCUCCCCACAAGGAUAGCUUUGAAAACCAGGUUUUUUAAAAAACAACAACAAACAAACCCAUAAUAGCUGUGAACAUUAGCCUCAUGUGGAUGAUCCAUGCCAUUGCUGUUCUGUUCAGAUUAUGGCUUGUAUAGACUAUAAAUUGGCCCUUCAGAUGUUUUGGACUACAACUUCCAUCAUCCAUAGGCAGAGGUGUUAUCACAGUUCAAGGAUUCAUUCCAGCUAGGUAAAAGCACUUAAGGGCUGGUGAGGAAGAGAAGGUAGGAUAGAGGAGGGGCCUGGAUAGAGUCACUAGGGCCCGAUACAGAGGCGCAGGGGACGAAAUUCACCACCACCUAACCUGCAAUCCCUCAGCCCUGAAAUAAAUGAAAUAGGUUUGAUUUUUUCCCCCUCCCCUUCCUGCUUUCCCCCUUUCCUUGCAGGAGGAUGGCUUAGAUGGCAGCCCUGUGAGAAAGAAGCAGAAGAAGAAAGAGGACAAAGAAAACAAGAUAAAACAGACGGCAAGCAAGAAAGAAAAGGAAGAGGAGAAAGAGAGGAGGAAGACAAAGGGCAAAAGAGAAAAGGUAACGGAGAUUGUCUUGGCGCACAAGGAAAAGUCACAUAGGAAUCAGUUUAGCAACCCUGGGGGAGAUACUGAGUAAUAAUUUCUCACGCAGAACUGUAUCAGGAACUGCCUUCUGUGGCUUCAGCCUGGCCUCAUCUCUCUCCUGUGUGAAAUUGCUGCAAAUUCCGUGUUUUGUUUUUAUGUUUGCCAUGCUUCGUUUUGUCUUUUUACAGGCCAAAGGCAGCGAUGCCAAAUCUGCAGGCAAAGGGAAGAGAUCUCAGGGCCCCGUCCACAUUACAGCUGGGAGUGAGCCCAUCCCCAUUGGAGAAGAGGAAGAGGAUGACUUGGACCAGGAAACCUUCAGCAUAGUAAGUAUUUCCUCAUGGGGUCAGAGAGGAAGGGGUCCCAUUCGUCAUUCCAGCCCCGUGUGGUUUAGACUAGUUGAUCUCUUGCAUCUUUGGGCUUUAGAAUUUUUGCAAGCUACUUUAUUCAAGUCAGCAGCAUGUACCUUUUCAUUCAUUUAUUUAGAAGCAUUUUAUAUAUGGCUUUGUAUUUCAAGAAACCCUUAAGCAGGGCACAGUAGGCAGUGGUAUGAGCAGGUUGGGUUUAUGGCGGGUGGUUUGGACUACAACUCCCAGCAUGCAUUGGUCAGGGCUGAUGGGAGCUGUAGUUCAAAACAUCUGGAGAGCACCAGCUGUGGAAAAUGUUGAAAAGGCAGAAUGAAUGCUGGAAGUUCUGUCCCAUAUGUGGUGGCAUGAGCACAAAUAAUCCCGAAUUCACAAUUUGCAAAAGAUGGCUAGGGCCGCCCCCUGUAGGAAGGCGGUAAAUAAUCCUCAAUAACGUGUAGCUUUGCUCUCUCUGCUGCUCCCCUCCCAGUGCAAAGAGCGGAUGAGGCCUGUCAAAAAGGCUUUGAAGCAGCUGGACAAGCCAGACAAGGGACUGACGGUGCAGGAGCAACUGGAGCACACGCGCAGCUGCCUGCUGAAGAUUGGCGACCGCAUCUCAGAGUGCCUGAAAGCCUACUCAGACCAGGAGCUCAUCAAGCUCUGGAGAAGGUAACCAGCUCCACCUACCCGCCUGCCUUCCUGCCUGUCAGGCCUUCCACUGCGCUCUCACGCUGGUUAGCUACUGAGGUCAGGUUUAGGGAAGCUGGCUUGGCCCACCUAGCUUGGCCCACCAGGUUUGAUCCCUUGGAGAUCUGCCGGUCAGUAUGGACCUUGGUGGACCAUAGAUCUGAUUUGGUAUGAGGUAGUUUCUUCGGUCCCUAUACCUUUGGGGGAAAGAGCAUCCAAUUUGUGUGCAGAAAUCCCCAGAUACAAUCCCCAGCUAUUCCUGGUAGGGCUUGGAAAGACUGCCUCUCUAAUGCCCUGGAGAGCGGCUACCGGUCAGUGUAGACAAUAUUCAGGUAGAAGGAUCAGUGGUCUGCUUCUUUUAUAAAGAAGCUUCCUAUUCAUUUCAUUUAUUAGACUUACUAGUUGCUCGUCACCUGAAGGUCUCCAAGCAACUUAACAGCAAGGACAAGAUAUACAACGCUCCCUGUGCUGUAAGCUACCCUGGCAGAAAUGUAAUAUAGGGAGUGCAAAAUGUAGGAAGUCGCCUUAUACCAAGUAAGACCAUUGGUCCAUCUAGCUCAGCAUCAUCUUCUCUGAUUGGCAGCAGCUCUUCAAGGUUUUCGGGCAGGCAGGGGGCAUCGUGUCCCUACGUAGAGAUGCUGCGCAUUGAAUCUGGGACCGUCUGCAUGCAAGACAGAUGCUCUCCCACUGAGCUUUUACAUUGCAAAAUAUGUUGCAGAAUAUCGGUUGCUUUGGCUUAGAAUUUAGAUUUAGGGGGGUUUUUUAAUGAAAGAGUUAACGAUACUGGAGUUUAGAUAGUAAAAACAUGUGUUGUAAAACAGCUAAUAAAAUGGAGUAAAAAAACAAACAUCAGGGAAGGGCAGGGUAGGAAGUCAAGAAGAAACAGGUUUAAAAAUGUUUAACGUUCUGGAAUAUUUUUGGAGGUUUAAUAAAAAUGAUUGGGGACGGGCGGGAAGAAUUUAGAUUUAGUUUUAUAAGAAUAAAAACUAUAACAUUACUGCCACACACAGCACAGCAGGCUGGAUUUCUUGGGUCAUAUAUGAUUUGAGGUUCUGCAUGGCUCAGGCCUUGAAUGUACAAAGUAAUCCCAAAGAGAAGAGAUGCCUCCUGAGCAUAUGCAGAGUGUGCCUCUCCAGUCUCAGCUGGGUGAUCUCCAGAUAGACUGCAUUCAGGUGGAAUCAAGGGAUGGGGCCUCAUCCGGGCUAGACUGAUAGAGGAAAGGGGUAAGCAAAUUGCUGUUCUGUCAGUUCACUAAAGGGGGGAAAUGAAAAAAUGAAAUCCAUUCGCCUCCUUCCAGGAACCUGUGGAUAUUUGUGUCCAAGUUCACAGAAUUUGAUGCGAGAAAGUUGCACAAGUUGUACAAGAUGGCUCACAAGAAGCGGUUGCAGGAUGAGGAGGUGAGUCUGAAAAACUGAGAGAGGGGUGGGGGGAGAGAGAACGUGCUUGGCUCUUGUCACUGAAAGGCAGGAUACAAAUCUACCAUAUUUUUUGCUCUAUAAGACUCACUUUUUCCCUCCUAAAAAGUAAGGGGAAAUGUGUGUGCGUCUUACGGAGUGAAUGCAGGCUGCGCAGCUAUCCCAGAGCCAGAACAGCAAGAGGGAUGGAUCGCUGCUUUCGCUGCGCAGCAAUCCCUCUUGCUCUUCUGGCUUCUGAGAUUCAGAAUAUUUUUUUUCUUGUUUUCCUCCUCCAAAAACUAGGUGCGUCUUAUGGUCUGGUGCGUCUUAUAGCGCGAAAAAUACGGUACUUUAAAAAAAAUAAGCAAAGGAGAUUUGUCCUGUAGAACAGGCUUUGCCAAGCUGGUGUUUUCAAGAAGUUUUGGAGUACAACUCUGGACAGCUAGCUCUGUGAUGCUGGGGCUGAUGGGAGUUGUGGUCUAAAACAUCUGGAGGGGGCAGCAGGUUGGUGAAGGCUGCUGUAGAAAAUAGGCGGUGCCCUUGGGAUCCCUUCCACCUCUGUAGUUCUGUGGUGCACCCUUAGAAACCAGAAGGAGCCUGGACAAAGCUUUCUUGAUUUGUUCUGCAGAUGUAUAGCAUUCUCUUUUGCUUCCAGACACUCUCUGCAUCUUUUGCAUGGGCUAGCUGGGAGUCAGAAGGCUCAGUAAGGGGACUAUAGAGGCAGAAGAGGGCUGGAGCAACAGUCCUGCAAGGAAAAGUUGCAGUUUUGGGGAGGUCGUUUGUUUGCUUUGAAAAAUAAGGGGAGAUAUGCUGGAUAAGAGGUAUAUAAAGCUAUGUGUGGUUUAGGGCAGUGGGUCCACAAGUGAGUCACAAGGCCGUGUAGGCUUUAUCUGCGAACACAGAUGGCGUGCUUACCUGCCAUGAAUAAAAACUCUGAAUAACGUUGUUAAGCACUAUAACAAUUUCAAUGAAGUCCAGAUUGAUAGGGACGUUAAGUAAACUUUUUGCUUGGAGGCCUCAAGUAAUGGCAAAAAUAGGCAAACCAGCAGUUAAAAUGCACCAGAUUGAUGGAUGCCGAAGAUGCAAAGUUAAAAAUUCACGUGACAAUCGAAUCAAUGGGUCGCCAUUCUGAGUAAAUUUGGACCAGCAGCAUACCAUAGUAACAAAAAAGGUUGGGAUCCUCUGGUGUGGAGAGACAGUGAGCAGAGGAAUGUUUUUCACCUUUUCUCCUAAUACUAGAGCUCCAUUGAAGCUGAAUGUUGGGAGUUUCAGGACAGACAGAAGAAAGGACUUCCUCAUUCAGCAGCAUAGUUAAACUGUGGAACUCACUCCCACAGUCCCACAGGAGGCAGAUUAGCCACCAACUUGGACGGAUAGGGCAAAUGUGUGGGUUAUCAAUGGCUACUAGCAAUGAUGGCUAUGCUCUGCCUCCGCAGUCAGGCCUUAUGCCUCAAUACUAGUCUCUGGGGCUCACAGGAGGGGAGAUCUACUAUUGCACUGAAAGUCCAGCUUUGGGGGUUCCCAUGGAGGCCUCUGGUUGGCUGCUGUGAGAACUGGAUGCUGUGCUAGAAGGUGCCCCUGGCCUGAUCCAGUUCAGGCUCUUCCUAUGUUCUCACGACAAGAUUUGUGUGGGAAGGGCCCAUUCGCGCUGUCCUCAGGUGACUCAGUCAGUGCCAGGAGCCUUUUAUUGUGAAUUAACAGCCCCCCCUCCCCUCGUCAUCCUCAGCAGGAACAGAGGAAAAGGGAGGAGGCCCUGGGAGGCAAGAAACCGUUUCGGUCGGAGGCAUCUGGGUCCGGCCGAGAUUCCGUGAUGUCUCAGAUACCUCAUGGACCUCAUGCUCAGAAGCUCCACCAGCCUCCGACAUCGCAUCCUUCCCAAAUGCACGGGCACCAGAGGGAGAACUACAACAACCCAAACAAGAGGCAUUUCAGCAGUGCAGGUCAGAGACCAAGCAGGAGCCCACAAAGAGCCUCCUCUCCUUAUUCCUCUAGGUAGAACUUCUCCCUCCCUCCAGAUUGAAUGGAUGGCCAUUGCUCCCCAACCUGGCUUCUUCCAGAUGUUGCUCAAGUCCUGUCAGCCCCAGCCAGUAUGGCCAGUUAACAGGGAGGAUCCAUCAACCUCCAGGCUGGACUACUAUAAUGCACUCUAUGUGGGUCAGCCCUUGAAGGCAGUCUGGAAAUUGCAACUAGUGCAAAAUACCGUGGCAAGAAUGCUGGUAGGGGCAGGAGGCUCUGAGCUUAUCAUUGUCCUUUUAAAUUUUUUUGCCUCAAGAUGCCUUCAGGAAUCUUUUAUUGUAAAAAAAUGGCAUUUCAGAAAUUGUGUUUAUUUAGCUGUAUACCGCUUAAGGGAGCAGGUGGCGCUGUGGUAUAAACCGCUGAGCCUCUUGGGCUUGCCGAUCAGAAGGUCGGCAGUUCUAAUCUGUGUAAUGGGGUGAGCUCCCGUUGCUCUGUCCCAGCUCCUGCCAACCGAGCAGCUCAAAAGCACGCCAGAGCAAGUAGAUAAAUAGGUACCGCUGCGGUGAGAAAGUAAACAGCAUUUCCGUGCGCUCUGGUUUCCGUCACGGUGUUCCGUUGCACCAGAUGCAGUUUAGCCAUGCUGGCCACGUGACCUGGAAAGGUGUCUGUGGACAAAUGCCAGCUCCCUCGGCCUGAAAGUGAGAUGAGCGCCGCAACCCCAUAGUUGCCUUUGACUGGACUUCACUGUCCAGGGGUCCUUUACCUGUAACCUUAUACCGCUCAGUGCAAAACAAGGCUUAUAAGUAUAAAAGCCUAUGAUACAUUUUGGCUUAAGGGUUUGUACGGAGGGACAGGCAAGCUUUGUACAGUCCAUUGUGACAAUGCCCAGGACUGAUCUGAUCGUGGAGAACCCCCGCCGCGCGCAUCAGCUUCCAGGCACCCCUAGGGAUCCUGCCCUGCCCAUUCAAGGGCGUUUCGUGAAACCGAGUUGAGCCUUCCCCUCCCUUCCGUUUGUGCAGAGCGAGGUGACUGGCAGAGAGACCGCAAAUUCAGCUACGGCGGCAACAGCAACCAAGUGUGGGGUGGAGAACGGCAUCAUCAGUAUGAACCUCAUUGGUACAAAGAGCACCACUACGGAGACCGCCGGCCGCGUGGUGAGCCUCGUGGUGAACCUCGCAACUACCGGCUGAACAACCCAAGCCGCAAGCGGCCAUAUGAGCAGUACAACAGUGACCGAGAUCACCGGGGCCACAGGGACUAUUACGACAGGUGAGCCACCAGCAGCAGAACUUGGUCGGGUAGCCGAUUCCCUGCACUCAGCAACCAGGCCUCUCCAGCUCUGCCCUGAGCUGUUUCAUGUCCUCCUCGCCCCCAGGACUCGCCACUAGGUGGAGGCCUGGCUUUGUUGAAUGAGGUGACAACUUAAUUUCUAGCCAGGCCCCAGCAUCGAGCAGCGACGUCAGAGUAUUCCAACAAAAAUGGGAGAAGCGGGAGUGGAGAUGGCCAAUGUUGGCUUAUUCAUCCCACGUUCAGGACUGAAAUCAAUCCAGUAAAUGCAAUCUGUAUUCACUGUUGUUUUUGUUUUCAGUUCACAAACCAUACGCAGUUGAUUAGUAGUAGUAGGAACAGUUUUGUUUAGCUGUAAGCCAAAACAGAGAAAAAAGACAGAUUUGAGCCACAAGCUUGGCUCUUAAUUUCCUGUCAGCCAGUGCAGUAGAGAAACAUACAAGGUAACAUCGUUUUCCUUGUUCGUCUGCAAAAAGCACAUGCGCUCACUUGGUGGAACAACACCCCCACCCCGGUCGCUAAAGACAAACAUUAGAUUACUCCCCCCCCCUUUAUGCACUGCAUUUCCUUUGCAUUGAAAUGAGCAGGGUGGAAUAACAUCAUGAUGAUGGAAUGCAUUUGCAUAAUUAAUUAUGUUAGUCGUGUAAUUUCACCACAGUCAGACAAAUGGCAUGGUUCUGGGCAGAAGACGACUUGCAGUGGACUGGAAGCAGUGCCGCAUGUAGACCAGCAAUAGGAUGAUCUCCUGCUCUCAGCUUCCUCCUGUCAAUUACUGUGUCUUGAGGAACUCGGGGUGGGGGGAGCCAGUCAGAACACCAUUACAGAGUGAGGCCAACAGAGAUCGGGGGAAGGCAACUUUCCCUUAAGACUGGCUGGAACUCUAAAUGUUUUCUUGAUUAUUUGAAUGGGUUGGACAUAGUCUUGUUUCGGUAGACACGGAGCCCUGCACUUCCCAAAAAGAGGUGAGGGAAGAGCUAGUUGGGGACUAGGGGACUGCUUUCUCCCAUACAAACUGCCCCAGGUCACUAUGGUCUGCAGGUGGGUCAUUGCAUGCGGACAUGGGCCUGUGAUUUGCUUCUCUCCAAACAAACCAUGUUGAGAAACCAACCUGGUGCCCUGAUGGCCUAUGGCUCCCACCAGCCCCGGCCUUCUGGGAAUGGGAUGUUUCCUCAGUCCUCACUUCUGAGCUGACUGCUCUCUGUGUUUGCUUCUGCCUAGGCAUCACCAUGAUUCGAAGAGACGGAGAUCAGACGAGUUCCGGUCUCAGAAUUACCACCAGCAGGACUUCAGGAGGAUGCCUGACCAUAGGCCUUCCAUGGGCUACCAUGGCCAGGGUCCCUCAGACCAUUACCGGCCUUUCCACCUGGACAAAUCGCCGGAUUACAAACAGCUUCUCCCCCCUCCUCACUCCCAAGUCUCGGACCCUCGCUCCCCACCCUCACAGAAAUCCCCACACGACACCAAGUCCCCUCUAGAUCACCGGUCACCCCUAGACAGGUCAUUAGAACAAAAGAACAAUCCAGAUUAUAACUGGAGCAGCCGGAAAACUUAG